CUGUAGCAGCAGAGCUUUACCCAGCUCAAACCUGUCUCUCAGUCUAUUCUUUCCUCUCCCCUUGUCUUCUUUCAAAGUAAACCGGGCUAAUAAGAUUCAAGGCUGGAGGAGGAGCUGAGCUGAAUGAACAGAAACAGCAGUACACACAGAGCAGCCAGGAGAGCUGAUAGAGGCAGACAGCACAGGGAGAAUGUCUUGCCACCUCACCUCCGCCAGUCAGGGAAGGUAAGGCUUAUCGAGGGGACUCACUCAAAGGAAUGACGGAAUGGAAUGUCCGUAGACUUUAACAGGGCACCGGAAUGCCCAUCGACAAUAAUGGAACAGAAUGGAAUGUUCACAGAGAAUAAUGGAAACAAAAUAUUUGAAUUAGAGACAAAUACAUUAGACACCUUGAAUAAAACUUUAGCAGACAUACUCUCCGAGAUCCGUGGAAUUGUUUAGCUAUGGGGGUUGCUGGGUUACCCCCCGUGACGAGGCAAUGCUGGCCACAGUAGAAUGUAUUUUCGAAGUGUGACUGCGAAUGCCACCGAGAAGGUAUUCUUCUUCCUGGUCAGGUGGCAAAGAGGCUGCGGAAUUUUUGCAUACGGCAGCAGGUAGAUCACAGCCAUAGCUAAACAUGGAUGAACCCAAGGCAGCUACGAAGGCGGCCAAGGAAACGUCCCAGGGAUCGCGGAAGCUGUUUAGGAGUCGGUCCCUGAAAUCGGUUGGGAAUUUUAUGCAGAGGAUACUAAAGACUUUAAACAGUUUGUCUCACCUGGGAGACAGGGACCAGGACGUGGAAGAUGAUGACGGAGGCUUUAAGCCAAAAUCUCGCCAAAGAGAUGGGAAAGGGUCUGCACAGGAGGAUUUUAGACUUGUUCAAGGAGGGGACAGCAACAACAACUUGGGCAAAACUCAGGUGCCAGCGAGAUGCCAGGAUAGGCUCUCCUGGAGCUCGGACGACAAGGUGCCUGGAGUACAGGGUUUAAAAAACCAUGGGAAUACCUGCUUUAUGAACGCCGUAGUCCAAUGUUUGAGCAACACGGACCUGCUGGCAGAAUUCUUGGGAAUGGGCCAGUACCGAUCAGAAUUUGAUAGGAUUAAAAUGAAUGGAGAGGUAAUAAGGGAACAAGCACCCAAACCUUUACCAACUAACAGGGGGGAAGUCACGGAGACAUUGGCAUCACUGGUGAGGGGACUGUGGACCCUGGAAUAUACCCCGAACCUGUCCGUGGAAUUUAAGGUAUGUGGUCAUCCCCAUAAGCAACCAAUACUUGUAGUCCAAAGGUUUGAGGUUCUGGUAAUCUUCCCAAUCUUUAUAAACAGAAUAAAAGUUCUGGUGAUAUCCCACACUGUCUAUUAUAAUUUGAAAAGAGGGCUUCAGUACUGGCGAGUUACUUAACACAAACAGCACCAGCACAACUAUAAUUUAAUAUUUUUUUUUUUGUAAAUGAUAUCACCCUAGGCCCCCCAAAAAAACAAAAAAAAACGGUAACAGCUAUAGUUAAUAGCUACGUUUUGUUACAGUGUAACGGGAGUUAGUUUCCCCAUUGGGAAUAUUUAAUCCUAAAAAAGUUUUCAGUAAAUAACGUAAAUAUAUAUCUUAAUAAAGCAGCCUUCAAAUAUCUUAUAUCAAUGUGGAAUGCACUCAUGCACUCAUGCAGGGCUGUAUAGAGCUGCAAAUCAGCUUGGUGCUUUAAGGGGUUAAAUAUUUGGCGCAAAGUAAGCAAUCUUACAAGUCAAUGGAAGUUCAAAGCUUGAGAAAUAGCCAAGUGAUAUAAACAGAUAGCACAAUUAAAUUAAAGGUGUCUAGGUCUCCUGAAGGGGAAGCCUUUAAUAGCCCCAGAGACUGAUUUCUGUUCACUAACUCACCUUCUGAAAACCUGCUUAACCCUUUCCCUGUAGGAAUAUCUGCUAAAACAGACCUUUUACAGCACACUGAAAAUAAAAUCCAGAAUUUGACACAUUUUAGAAUAAUCUAUGUCGCCCAAUGAGCCACACUGACCUGAGAUCUGAGAGCAUGUGUUAACGUCUAUGUAUAAAAACAUCUGAGUAAAAAUCCACCUGUCCUCAGUGAGUUACAUGAUCAGAUCUAUGCAUAUGAAAGUAUAGUUUUUCACAAUAAAUAAUAUUCCCACUAAAGACUAGCAUGUAUGUGUGUACAUAUGUAUGCGUGUGUAUGUGUGUGUGUAUAUAUAUAUAUAUAUAUAUACAUAUAUAUAUGUGUGUGUUUAUAUCUAUGUGUGUAUGUAUGUAUAUAUGUAUGUAUACAUGUGUGUGUAUAUGUGUAUAUAUAUAUAUAUAUAUAUAUGAGUAUGUAUAUGUGUGUGUGUGUGUGUAUGUAUGUAUAUGUGUAUGUGUCUAUAUAUAUAUAUAUAUAAAUAUAUAUAUAUAUAAAUAAAUAUAUAUAUAUAUAUACAAAUGUGUAUGUUUAUGUGUGUGUGUGUAUGUAUAUAUUUGUGUGUAUAUGUAUAUAUAUAUAUAUAUAUGUGUGUGUGUGUGUGUGUGUGUGUGUGUGUAUGUAUAUAUACAUACACAGACGUACCCUAACCAGGAUUAAUUGGUUUGGGUGAUGACAGUGUGUUUAAGUAAACAUAUUUACAUACUACUCAGCUGGCCUGUAUCUACCUGCGCAGUCCCUCUUUAGAACCCUAUACUUUGUAUCAUGGGUUGUUUUCCCAAUAUCAUGCUUUUCUAAGUAAGCACUUUCAAGCACAGUGUUCAACCUCAGCCCUUUCCAAGCCACAACCCUUACCACCAAGAAAACCACCUCAUUAUUACCAAUAUUAACAUUAUUUUGGAUCCUGCAGGUAAGCAGCAAUGUAAAAACGCAUUUACAUGGCCGGCACCAAAUAUAGACCCAUUUUGGGCUCAUAAAAAUGUCUACCCUCCUCUUAAUUUGUAGAUACAUUAUAAGUGCCUAUUGCACAUGUUUACUGAACAUUGCUUAGUGCUGUAUAUCUAUUUACCAAUACUGCCCAGUCAUGUAAAUGCUUUGUUUUUAUAAACACUGGCCAGUCAGGUGUAUGUGAUUACCAAUAUUGCCCAGUCCUGUAAAUGCAUUGUUUAUAUAAACACUGGCCAGUCAGGUGUAUGUGACUACCAAUACUGCCCAGUCCUGUAAAUGCAUUGUUUAUAUAAACACUGGCCAGUCAGGUGUAUGUGUUUACCAAUACUGCCCAGUCCUAUAAACAUGUUGUUUAUAUAAAACUGCCCAGUCCUGUUAACAUGUUUAUAUAAAUACUGACCAGCCAGGUGUAUGUGUUUACACAUUGCCUAGUCCUAUAUAUAAGAGGUUUUUAUUUUUUAACAUAUAAACAAUGACCAGCCAUUUGUACAUUUAUAACCAAGAUUGUCCAGUCCUGCAACACGCCUGUUUAAAUAUUUGUCAAAAUCAUGUUUUGCAUGGAGGUAUUUGUCCUGAAAAUGUAUACACAGGAUUAAGUUUCCUGUAAUUGCAAGGUAUCCAGUUACCCUUAUCGGUGGCUAAAAUGCCAAUUUAUCCAACACCCAGUAAUCCACUCAGUUCCAAUCCGUAAUGCCACAUUCUGGGAAUGUAAUAGAAUACUGGUUUGGCAAAUAGUUUCCCCGCUAAAAUUAUUACAUCUCACGUUACUAGUACUGCUUCAGGUAAGAGAGGUUGCUUGCCAGACGUACACUUUUCCAGUUUAACCAAGGGGCGAUAUGGCGCUCCCCUACUUUAAUCGAACAUUGACUCUAUCAAGGCAAGAAAGAAUUGAGAGUACAUGGUCAUUUAGGUGCAGCACUUGCCUUAAUUACACGCUUUGCCUGGUAGUGUGUUCACAUUCCAAUGACAUCAGCUGUCAUCGCCAACUGUGUGGCCAUUAACUCCAUAGUAUUCUAGGGUUAUUUAAUGUAGCUCUUAAAGGGUUAGUUGACAGUCUGAUACUGUCAGGGUUAUUUACCAAAGUAAGAAUUUAAAGAGAAUUUCAAAUUUAAGACAAGAGAAUUGUUCAUGCAGAUGAAGUUGUUUUGGUGCCUGGAGUGUCCCUCUAAGUACAUUAGUGCUAAAAUUACCCAAAAGCAAAAAUGUGGUUACUUUAAAUCUGUGUUAGCUGUGUUACCGAGAAGCAUGUGCAUCCAUGUAGCUACUAGCAAGGAAGAACCAAAAGCUGUGCAUAUGGAAAUCUCUGCUACAGAAACCUUGACUGACACAGGAUAAAGUGCUACAGCAAUUAUUAAAGUUAAUGUAAACAAAGCCCUGGGGCCAGAUGGCAUACAUACUCAGGUACUUAGGAAGCUUAAACUGACAUAUUCAAACCACUGCUUUUAAUCUUCCAGGACUCGUUCCUUUCAGGAAUUGUACCAAAGAACUGAAAUAAAGCAGAUAUUGUGUCUGUAUUUAAAAAAAUAAAUAAGAAUCAGAAUCUCAGCCUGACAUAAAGACUUUUGAACUCAACUUCUGUGGUUGGUAAAUUUUAUUUGAAGGGUUAUUAAAAGGAUAAUAUUCAGGAACUAAUUGUGAACUUAAUUAGUAGCAAUUAAUGUGGUUUUAUAAAACACAGCUCAAACUAAAUUACCCCCUUAAGGACACAUGACAUGCGUGACAUGUCAUGAUUCCCUUUUAUUCCAGAAGUUUGGUCCUUAAGGGGUUCAAGGAACACUACAAACCUGUAUGGUUGACGCUACAGUAUACCCGUCCCUAAUUCUUUAGAGAUCCCCACCAUGUGACAUAAAAAUUAAUAAAAUCAAAGUUUGACUUACCUUUUUCCAGCGCCGAGGCUCCCACGAUGCUGCUCACCUCUCCACCUCUUGUGACAUCAUCAAGGAGGCAUGGCCUCCUCUAUAGUCCAAUCUAGUGCUCCACAUAGUGGACCUGAUGCACAUGUGCGACAACCACAUUAAAGCUUCCCCAAUGUAUUCAAUGCUUUACUAUGGGCUUUCCCGUCACAUGAAGUUUUAUUCAGUCAGUGUUGUGUAAGCGUGAACAGGUGUUAUACAAGUAUUAAAACAUAUAUGUAUUAGUGGAGGGCUUGUAAAAAUAAUGAAAACAUGCAAUUUGUGCUUACCCUUUUGAAGUGGGGGUAUAAAUCAAUGGGAUAUAUCCAAAACAAAAAUAAAAACAAAUAUAGUGUAGUUGGUAUUAAAUAAUAUGAUUUGUGGAUAAUAACUUAACCACUCACGUGUAAGAGCCUGACAAUACUGGCUCAAUAGAUUGUGCGUUUAUGCUCUUUAUGCAGCAUAACACCUCCCCUCUGGCAGAAAUGUAGAUCUCAGGAUAAAAAAAAUAUAUAGAGAGAAACAGAACAAUGGUGUAAUAUGUAUGGGCUUAUCUACUUAACAAGUGAUUCAAUAUUAAGCUCACCUUGAAUAGAGCCUUAAAAUCCUGGCUCUGAGGUUUGGAGGCUUAGUGUCACUUUACGGGGUGACACAUCACCUAUGGAUGAAUUGGAAGCGGUAGAACCAGGUUGGACACAGAGUGAAUUUCAUAAAAGCUAUUUAUUUCAAACUUAAAACAAUAAAUAGUUAAACACAAAAACGGAUUUUAUACUUUGCCACAAUAUCCCAGAUGGUGUGUAUCAAGUGCCAAGACGUGUUUCGCUUGUAGAGGCUUUUCAGUCGGCGAUGUGUAGUACAAGCUUCCAUCCUGUUUUUAAACCCUUGCGCCGGGCCUCCUCUCCCAGUCACGUGGGUCCGUGAUAACCAAUUACGAAUUGUAUGGGGCAUCCCGCCCCCUUAAUUGAAUCCUCCUGUGUUGUUGUUAAUGCGGACUGUGACGUCACACUUUCCGCGACACGUCACGUCCGUUUUUAGGUCCAUCAGGGAUGAUGCAUCCGUCCUUUCCCAUUCUUAUAACUGGUGAAAGUCAUGCCGCAAACCUUUUUGUUUUCGUGAAUGUCAGGAAGACAUCCACUAAAGGUGAAUUUUACCCUGCAAGGUAAACAUUGCAGUUUCUAAAAUAUAAAAAAAAGCAAUGUUUUACAUUGCAGGGUUAAAAGGACAGGGACAGUGCACCCAGAUCACUUAAUUGAGAUGAAAUUACGUAAGACUACCUUUAAUUGCAUUCAGUGAAGUGAGCAGUAGAAGUAACGAUCAGGGUGUCACAGUGGAUGUGAUCAAUUUGGAUUUUGCCAAGGCAUUUGCUACGGUUCCACACAGACAACCUGACAGAAAUUGGUUUAGAUUUAAACGCUUGUUCUGGAUUGCACAACGGCGUAGAGAGUAGAUAAUAGAAAUUUUCAAUCUGACCGAAAGUGGUAAGUGGAAUACUCGAGUGUUCUGCUCUGUGUAACUUUAAACACUGUAACAACGCAGAAUCAUUACAGGGUUAUGUUGACUGUUGAAUCCAGCACCCACUCUUAGCGCUGAGAGCGGCUGAUAACUGUAACAAUUUGGCAAUGAUUAUAGUCCUAUUAGGCAACAAAAUGCAAUGUCAGUCAGCAGUUGUCAUUUAUAAUAAGUGGACAUUAUGAUUUAAAAAAAUAACUUUUGCCUUUAGAUAAGUCAGCGGUAAGGCUCCACGUGAUAUAUAUGAUUACAUUUUUGACUCUGGUUUUAAAGGAGGAUAUUAUCAAAAAAUGUAACCAUGCAGCGAUGGCUGUAAAAAAAUGAAUAGGGCUAAAAUUGCGGGAUUAGUUUACAUGAUAAAAAAAAUAACAGGGUUAUUCACUAAAUUGAGAAUUUAAGGUGAAUUCAAAGCGAAUUUCGAAGUUAAGGUCAAAGUAGCCGAAAUGGAUAUAAUUCUGUAAGUCAGAAAUAACUUCAUUUUGGCUACUCUGACCUUAAAUGAGAAAUUCACUUUGAAUUGAAACUUUUUAGUAAAUAGUCCUGAAGCUGUUAUAUCCAAAUAUCCAUUUUCUCUUCCAUAUUAUGCUUCCAACCACGGAUGGCAAAGACAGCCGUCCAUCACUUGCAGCCUAACAUAAUACCAUGAUGGGACAAGAGUUACCGAAGUAACCCACACUCAUUAUCAGAGCUAAAUCAGAGGCGACGUACCUCACAAGUGUCCCUAUUUAGGAGGGACAGUCCCAAUUUGGAUCCAAAUCCCUCUGUCCCUCUUUUCUAUCCUAAUGUCCCUCUUUUCUAGGAGCUCCAUGUUGUUGGUGUGUCUGUGUGUAUAACAGAUCUCCAUAGUGAUAAUACUCCCAGUAAUGUGUCUUUAAUCUAUAAUAAAAGUGUUUAGGAUUCAGUGAGUGUAGAUAAGAUACAUUGUUCUCGUUCUAAAUUACAUUUUAGUUCUGUAAAUUGUUAUCAGUAAGUCACCUAACAUUUAGUUUCUGAGAUUUGUAAUUCAAUAAGAGUCGGACCGCUAUAUAUAGCCUACUUCUCAUGGAUUUAUACUGUUCAACAUAGAAUAAUGAUCACACCCUACUCAAUCCCAUAUAAAUAAAUGGCCCCUCUUUAUCCAUUUAAAACGUUAGGAGGUAUGGCAGAAUGGUUUAGUUUUUUAUUAAAAUGGUUUGACGGAAAAUGAGGAGAUGGCACCAAAAGAAUGCUUGCACCAUAACCACUGCAAUCGUUUUAAUUGUGCCUAAAUGGUCUCUUUAGGCGACAGUAUAGUAACAAGAGGUAAUAUAUUGAGAUUUGAAAAACAAAGGAAAUGAUUCUGUAGGCCAAGAACAAUAAAGAUGUGGAAUUUUGUGCCUUGAGAGACUGUUUUAUCAGAUUAUGUUACAUUCCUUUAAAAAGGGUUGUGAUGAUUUAUGUCAAAAUGUCAUAUUCUGCGCUUUCUAAGCGGGUGCUGACAGUCGGUUAAUCCAAGGAGAAAUAUGAUCGACCGCCAUUCUAAGGUCAAGGGUUUUUGUCACAGCUUAAUUCCAAAACGAAUUCAAAUUUGGGAUUUUCACCUGUAUUGUAGAUUGGCAUCAAAAGCAAAAUGUGGGAAAGGAUGGACUCAACUGUUUUGUUUCUGCGUAUAUAUCUAUGGAACGAGAUAUGGCAUAUCAUAUAUAUCAAUGGAAUUAAAUAGUGAGAUGACUUUCGCAACUCUAACUUUCGCAAUGCAACGUGAUUGUGAAAUUGCUGUUUAGUCAAUACACCCCACAGGUGUCCAUUAUUAUUAUUAUUAUUGCCAUUUAUAUAGCGCCAACAGAUAUUGUAGCGCUUGACAAUAUUCUUUUUUUUUGUUUAAUUCUUUAAUUUGGUGGUGCAUAGCAAGAACAUGGUAUCACAUUACAGUGUAGCCAUACAUUGGCCGUAAUAUUGUACAUUAGUAUUGCUAUAACAAGGCACCCUUUUUUUUAUAUACAUAGAAUAACAAGAUUGAACAGUAGAUUCGGGUUAAAGGUAGAGAAUUAAAACAAGUAGUAGAGGCAUGUCAGUGGUGCGGUAUCGGGAGUGUUUUCAUAAUAUGUUGCUUAGACUGACUUUAUGAGUGAUCGUAAUAAGAGAUGUGAUCAUACUUAAAAAGUUAGUGACAUGCUGCCAUGUGAGGUUACAUUAAACUCGCUUAAAGUGCUGCAUGGCAUGCUAAUCCUUGUACACGUGCUUUCAAUAAUAUAGAGAUAAACUUGCACGUUUUAUAAUAUUAGAUAGUGACGACGUUAGCUGUACCAGGCUAGCAGACAAUAAUUAAAUCGACAAGCUUAAGACAGAGCCUAUUCACCGAGAUUACGUUUAGCUAUAUGGAUUGGUUUGAUAGUAAGACAUUUAGUUUAAUAUAUAGCCGGUAUUGGAAGGUGACCGCUGGUCCCAAACAAGCUAGCAAAACUCUUUACUGCCCAAGGUUAAGAUGGAGCAUUGUUAAAUCCCCAUAUUCCCAUCAUUGAGCAAGCUAAAACGGCUUAUGUGCCAAACAGCAUUUAUAUGCUAGACAACAUUUAUGUGUAUGUUCUGCUGGUUGCUUCAGUAGAGAUGCCGAAGCAGGCAAGGAGUAAGGUAACUCUGUAGUGCCCUAUAGAGGCUGUCAGCCCACACCACAUAAUGGCUUUGAUGGAGAGUCCAUCUCUUUGGGGCAUACUGCCGAUAGCAGGACGGUAAGGUAAUGUAGCAAAAUGUUCUCUUGAGUCUCUGCUGAGCAGAUGCCGUCUGUGGGCUUAGCAUGGUCCCACUGCAAGCCGGCUGUCAGUAUGCGGCGUGGUUCCGUCAGGGCUGGCUGGGAUGUGUCGUAUUGCAAACCAGGAGUAGGGUGCGACACCUUGCAUGGGAGACCGGUUCCCGGGCACGUCUGGAGAGGAGGUUUUUGCAUGCAGAGUUUCAGUAGCCAUGGCUGUGUUGCGAGUGCUGGCCUGCUGUGCCUCCAUCUCUUGCGCCUGCUUCUGGCCUGCCCCUGAACCUGAAGUCCUGUGUUGCGUCUCAGGGGGUAAGCAUCUUGCCAGGGUGCUAUGAUGUGUGCUUAUAGCUGGCUGCUGUAGGUAUCAGGCCAGCUUGUGGCUGGAAGCCGCGCUGAUUGCUGUGAGUGCGGGGAGACAGCAGUCCUUCCCUCUAACUUCGGCGCACAUGGCAUCCGCCAUUGUAGAUGAAGCAUCCCGGGCCACAGAUCGGGGUGGUAGUGUCGCUGGACCUUGGUUGCAUUGCAGCAGUCAGGGCCACAGGGUGAGGACCGGGAUCACCCCCACCGGUCCGGGGGGGUGGGGGUGGAACAGGGCCAGGUGCACACGGGUUUGGGCCUUUGGCUGGGCACUGUUAGGCAGGAUAGCAUGGCAGCGGCUGUCCGCCCCACUCACUGCCAGAGAGGCCACAUCUGGGACAUCGAAGAUUUCUCCUCCAGGGGACUAAAACUUAAGGAGCCAGCCUCACCCUGGAUUCAGUGUCCCCUUUGCACUGAGGACCAUCGCUGUUGGUCUGCAUUUAGGUCAAAAAUCAUGUUUUAGAGGCUUAGAGAGUGGUAAGUUGCAGGAGCUGAUCUUACUUGCGACUGUCCAGCUCGGCGGUCUGGCCCCCUGCUUUACAAUAUUAUGAGAGGGGGGAUGUAACUAUAAAUAGGACAAUUACAAGAAAACUUACAGGAACAAUAGGUUGAAGAGGACCCUGCUCAAAUGAGCUUACAGUUUAUAGACAUGUCUGUUUUAUGCAACUUUUAUCUACAGUAGGCAGGGUUGCUCUCCGACUUUUGUAAGCUUAGACUUAUGAGAUUUGUUGUUCAAUAGGAGUUGGACAAUUAUAUAUAGCGUAUUCCUCGUGGAUUUAUACUGUUUAACAUAGAAUAAUAGAUUCAUUUCGUAAUCUAAAUGAUUUAACUUUUCAGUUUUUAUAUGUGAGAAGACACUGAAUAAUUGAAAUUAAAGAAACCAUUCGAAAACGAUUUUACUCCUUACAGUAGUGGCAGGGGGACACUACCAGGGAACUCUUGGUACAAUAACCACUACAAUGAGUAGUACUGAUUUGGGAUUUUUUGGGUGAAAUCUAUCGUUGUGCACCUUUCCAGCAGUUGGUAUUUCUUUACUGUCAGCUUUUAUGAAUUAAUGGGCAGAACACUUCAACUGUGACAGUGCUUUCUGUGCUAAUUUGCAUGCAUUUGUAUUGCAUCCUGGGAGUACAGUUGAACACAAUUUUUCAGAGUUUCAAUUUUUGAGUUUGUACAAAGGGCAGAUGUCUUUUGAUGGCGUGCCUGGUGUAGACCCCCAGCCAUUGGGAGUAUUUACUCCAAAUAUAUUUAGGCAUGGUAAAUUCAUCUUGCUGGCCUGCAUCAACGUGUAUAAAUCCAUAUAUGUUGUAAAAUGUUCGUUUACAAUUCAACGGAAUAUAUUUGCGCUUAAUUAGCAGUGUAUGUUGUCUGAGCCCUGCUGACGCACACCUGUAUAUGAACAUAUCUAGAAGUUUUGCUUGGUUGGGCUACUUGUGGCGUGAAAGCCGGUUAGUCUGUCAUACUAUGCGUUUCUAUGUUUACAGACGUCUCACAGUGAUCUCGACCUUUGAACCAAGUUUCUAAGCUACAGAACAAUUAAGAUUUUCAGAUCAAACAAUGUGUUGUCGAGCAACAUCUAAGGAGAGGCUUAAAAGAACACUCCUGUGUUCACGUUGCAAUCACGUUGCAAAGGGAAUGAAUUAGAUAAAGAAGAUCUUGGGAAUAGGGGGUAUAGGGGACAGGAGAUUGUGGCACUGGGUGACUAGAGGGCAAAGAUAAUAGGCAAAAUGGGCUUUAGGGAUCAUGCCAUAGAAGAUUGCGGAACUAUAUGAAACUAGGCAGCAGGGGAUUAAACAAAACAUGAGUAAAAGGGAUUACAUAAUGUGGUGUAAGGUGACUGGGGAACAGGGGGAUGUUCUAAGGAAUCUUGAGAAAAAGGGGAAAUGAAAGAGUGGGGCAUCAGAUUAACAAGGAGGCAAGAAAAUAAGACAACGAGGAUGUAGAGCACUGUUUGACAACUGACUGAGAAUACACUACAAUUCACAGUUUAGUGAAUAAGUCCCAUUAAUGUGUUAGCUUGGAACAGAACACAUUCGAUCACUCUGUGCACCUGUCUCUCUCACGGCUGAAGAAUGCGUACACCUCACGAGCUUACAAUGUGUAGUGUGAUUUGAGCCAUCAGCCCGUACUUGCGUCAUGGGAAGCAAUUUGUUUUGCCUGCGUACACGCUGGAGGCCUUUAAGUCAGACAAUGCCUCUUUGUACCGCAGAGGGCACAGCGAGAAGCAAACCACCACGCUAGUUACCCUCCUUGGCACGCAUAUCUCUUUAAAGCUUUGCCCUUUACUUUGAGAUGCUGCUUCCUGGGACUGGGAGAAAUGUUAAUUACAGAUUUUAGGGUUUAAGGCAGGCAUAGGCAACCUUCGGCAUGCCAGAUGUUUUGAACUACACCUCCCAUGAUGCUUUGUCAGCAUUAUGCGUGUAAGAGCAUUAUGGGGGAUGUAGUCCACAACAUCUGGAGUGCCGAAGGUUGCCUAUCCCUGGUUUCAGGGUUUUUUAAAAACGAAACAGAUGCAUGCAAGUCUCUGCCUAAAAUAUAGGGAUUUACGUUUCAACGAGCAUGGCAUCUUCUGCAAUGCCAGCUGCUUCGAGUCAUUUUUUUUUUACAGCUCCCAUAACAUCCUCUGGAUGGAAAAAGUCAGCUAUUUUUUCAGUUUGGCUGCUCUGGCCUUAAAUCUGAAAUUAAUUUUGAAUUCUCACUUUAGUAAAUAGCUCUGUAUUGUCGGCAUGAAAUUGCUUAGAUAUUCUGACAGUUUUGUGUCUAUUCACUAAAUUAUAUGGGUUAUAAGCUAACAACUCUGGGUGACUUUAGUAUCAGCUUGCAAAGUUUGCAGGGUUAUUCAUAAAUUGUGCAGCUGUGCAGGAUGCAAUGAGCAAUAUAGGGUAUUCUGACGCUGCUACUGCGCAUGCCCUGGUCCAGCGCAUAUGCAGUAGCAACAUCAGAAUUCCCUACCCUUUAGUGAGCAUGCAUCCUGCACAGCUGAUUCUGGUGCGUGUGCGCUCAUAGCAUUAGAAUACUCUGCCCCGAUACCACAUAUGUGCAUCAGUGACGUCAUGUGCACAUUCCCCUGGAAGGACCCCCUUCAGCGCAAGUCCACACACAAUGUACCCACACCAUAGCAUGUGCUGUGCACAUUCAUGGCUCCCCGUAAGAAUCUCAUACCCCCCUCCUGAUGCGGCGCAAGUGCCCCACAUAGGUAAGCUGACCUCCAUCUGAUUCAGCCUCACUUUUGGAAGUGACAGGGAUAGAAAAUUCUAACAAAGUAGGGGAUUUUAAUAAAACAUCGGCACUCACUAAUGAGUCAAAGCGCAGGCUGGGAAUACUUGCAGCUGUGCUGACUCCUGUGCUGACUCACUGAGUGUCUGACCAUGAGAGAACAAUUACUGUGGUCUGCACCUGACAAAGGUGCAGACCACACUCUCCCCACUGGACCAUCAGGGACCUAACAAACAGAAAAUAAAACAGGGAUCAUAGCGUCUCUUACUGCAUAAAGCUAUGGAGGAGGGGAGGAAAAAAGGGCACACAACACACAGCGCAAACAUCACACACAACCAGUAAACUUCAUAAACUCAUUUGUUACACACAGCCAACAAACAUCACAUACUUUGUAAAAAGUCAGCAAUCAACACACACAUUACACAGAAACAGAAAAGACAUUACACACAGCCAAAAUACAUCACAUAGACACAUUAUGUACAACCAGCAAAUAUCACACACAGAUAUUGCACGUAGUCACUAAACCUCACACAUUACACACAGCCAGCAAACAUCACACACAUUACACAAAGCCUGCACACACCAUGGACAAAUUACAACCAACCGGAGAAUACCAUAGAUACACUGCACAUAAGCAGCGCACACUCCACACAUCCACAGAUUGCACACAUUACACACAGUCGGUGCACACCACACACCGCAUAUACAGAGGGAGAAAUUACGGGGGAGGAGGGGCAGGAUGAGACACUCACAAAUUAAAUCUGAAUUAAAAGAUAAAAAGUUUGUGACUGUAGCCAAACUGGAGAUUUUUUUCAGAUUAGCUUAUUUUUUUCUUCUUCUUCUCAGUUUUUCCAUUUGGAUUUCAUUUGCAAAAAUUCUGAAUUUAAUUAAUAUUUCUGUCCAUGUCCAGGAUUCUAGGCAGGGGCCGCAAUCUGAAAUGACUUUGUGCGUCAGGAAAAGUUGAUUGUCAUGACGAACAAGUUUAUUGUUUAGUCCCUCAGACAAGUAUGUGUAUACAUAUAUAUAUUUACAAUGGUUUGGGUUUUUUUUGGGGGGUGGAGGGAGGUUAAUUUCCACGCCCCUGUUUCUAGAUUGGCUAUGUUGGCUUUGAAAUCCCAACAAUUCUCAGUUUUGUGAAUAACCCUGUUAGACCAUCACUGCAGAGUUGGAAAAGCCAAAUCAAUUGAUAAUUCACUAAAAUGUGUUUUUUUUUUUCAUUAAUUGGUAUAAUCUGUAGAUACAGGUUUCCAUUCACCACAAUAUACUGUUUCACAAAUAGAACCCCAAUAGUUUUUUUUUUUUAUGAACUUUCUUCCCAAAUAAAAAGCUUCAGAAUGGACUGAAGCCCUGGUUUAGAGCUGAUCUAGCAGUGCGUGGGUUAACUGGCAUGCUUUUUCCUCAGUGGGAUUUGGAUACAGACAAACUGGUUUCUCACACACAAUAAGGCCAUGUCACAGAACAGGACGGACCGGUGCACCUAUUCAUGUCACUUUACAUUGGCUGCAUUCCCCUCGAUACUCUGGCACCUGCUCUGCCAGCAGGUACUCUGUGUAACAGAGAGGGGAAAACCAGAUCAUUCAGGAAGGUCCCAAAAUUUAAACAAUGCAGCCUGUCUGAGUGGAGGGUUAAAGGUUAACCAGUGAGGUCAGACGCAAAGCAUACAUGGUAUUCAUUCAGUAAUCUGAAAAUUUGAGGAGAAUUUACCAGGGAAUACUAACUGAAGGCAAAAAAAUGGCCAUGUUGGGAAAUUUGCUAACGAGGAAGGAACAUGUUUACAAUUUCCAGUUAUUUUGGUAAGGUUUAUAUGUUGGCAUUGGUUUUAAUAUAUUUAAACAGAACUGGAUUGCCCAUAAGGUGGCAGAGGCGGCUGCCUAUGUACCAUAGACCCCAGUCUGGGCCAAGAGCUACAGCUCUGAGCCAGCAGAGAUCUUUACCUGGUUGGCUCUGGACCCCCUCACUAUCUGGAGGGAGUGUUGUGUUCAGCACCUCUAUCAGGUGAAGAUCACUAUAAAAGAACACUAUAGGGCCAGGAAUAUAAAUGUGUAUUCCUGACACUAUACGUUAAAAACACUAUUUAGGUGGCCCUCCUUGCCCCCUUAAUUUAUAGACACUUUACCAUUAUCCCAGCGCUACGUGCGUCCGCCAGUGCUGCCUCUGCCCCUGAUCUGUCUCCUGGCUGAGAUUGCCAGAAUUAAUUAUCUCAGCCAGCCCAAUGCUUUCCCAUAGGAAAGCAAUGGAAGGCUAUUGCGCAUGCCUGCAAAAUGCCACGCUGGCCAAUCGGCAUUGCCUCGUAGAGAUGCAUUGACUCAUUGCAUCUCUAUGGGGAAAUUUCAGCGUCUCCAUGCUGAAGGUGUAAACACUAAACGUCAGUGCUGGACAAUGUGCAGCACUGAACCAGGAAGCACCUCUAGUGGCCAUCUGAGUGACUGCCACUGGAGGUGUCCGUAAUCAACAAUGUAAAUACUGCCUUUUCUCUGAAAAGGCAGUGUUUACAUGAAAAUGACUGCAGGAGCUAACUAUACAAACCAGAACAACUACAUUGAGCUGUAGUUGUUCAGGUGACUAUAGUGUCCCUUUAAGUGUUCCCUUAAUGUCCCUUGUGCGUCACAAUGACUCAGAGCGUCACAGCCAGCGUUCCUGGCCAUUCAUUGAGUGCCGGACUAUUGGUGUUAGUAUUCUGCCUUGAGCCCUGAGCAUUUAAAAAAGGGUUACCAGGUCACCAUGUGAUGUUGUAAUAAGGAAAAACAGAUAUGAGCAUAGGAAUAUAAAUCUGCAAAUAGAAAUCAAGUCUUUAAUCAACACGGAAUUAUGUAAACAGGGGUAGGCAAACUUCAGCACUCCAGGUGAUGUGGACUACAUCUAACAUGAUGCUUUGCCAGAAUUAUGGCUGUAAGAGCAUUAUGUCAGAUAUAGUGAACAACAUCUGGAAUGCCAAAGUUUGCAUACCCCUACUAAAGAAUAUGAAUCCCACAUACCAUAAGGCAUAACUACUCACAUGCUUUCCAUUAGCAUGAAGAAGUGAUAUGUGUGUAGGGGUGAAAUGCGUUGGGAAGAUUAUAGUUGAUCUGGUAAUGCUGGCACUGACCAACUUAUUCACUAAAGAGAGAAUUGUUAAGAGUUCAAAAUGAAUUUCAAAUAUAAUUUGACACAAAAACAGAAAAUAUGAGAACAUUGAAAAUGGGCAAAAGCUCAGAAACUCAGUAGCUUGCCCUUCGAUUAGUCCCCGCUCGGGUCUCAAAAAUGUUUUUGCUUUCUUGUACCAAUACAAAGAGACCCUGAGCAACUUUCAUUUCAGACUGAUCUCACCCAUAAGAGCAGUCGAAGUGCUGGCAAGUCCUCUCUGCACAAGAGAUACAGCAAUCCUGACCAUUAUUUUGGCCUUUUUUGUCUUCGUCAGCUUGUCAGCACAAUAAGUAUGGGGUCCACUUCUGGAUGACUUUUUUACCUUACAGGGAGCCCAAGCAAAUGUAUUGUAACAAAAAGAAAUUUAAGGCCAAAGUAGGCUUAGGUUUUGGUUAUUUGACCUUAAAUUUAAAAAAAAUACUUUGGAUUUAGUGAAUUAGUGAUAUUUGCAAUUUUUUUUAAAUGGUCAUUUUACCAGUGACUCUUCAGAUUGACAGGUUUAUUAUUUCUAAACGCCAGUUACAUUUUUUCAGUUUUGCUUUUUCUAGCCUACAAUUUGGCAUUCACAUGGUUCCUCGCACUUUAGCAGAGUCACGUGCAAUCAUAUGGAGUUAUUCGCUAAUCUAUGCAAAUAUGAGCUACUAAAACGAUCCAUAAAUCCAUAAUUUGUUUAUUUAAAGUAUUUUUGUUUUUUUAUUUGUCAGGCCAUGGCUUGUCUUAUUUAAAUAUUUUCCCAAAUAUGUGUUGCAUUGUUUGUGUGUAAUUAAAGCGAUUUGGAAAUCCGAGGGAGCUGGAAGCCCUGUUCUAUUUGUAGCGACGUGUCAGAGGCUACAGCAUUACUGUGCAUUUCCAAGUUGGGUUUAAUGACCUGUCUCUGCUAUUAGGCCUGCUGUUUGGAGUAUUCCUUUAAUCACUUAGGUUAAUUUGGCUUACAGGCAGUCACAAUGUGAAGUGUUGUGUCCUGUAAAAAUCUGGCAAUUUAGUAACCAUAAUUUCAUGGAUACAUCUGUACGACCGGGAGCAAGUUAAACAUUGAAAAAAAUGACUAGUUUGAAAAAGUUUACAUAAAUAUAUUUUUAGUAUUUAUUAAAUAGUGUUACUUUAUAGGAAGUAGAAUUGUCCCGGUUAAAAUAUCCCCGUCAUUUACAUGCGCCCACUUCACUGGCAUAAAACUAGUAUUUUUAUUAUAUUUUAAUUAUCAAAGAAGAAAAUUUCAAUAAUUAAGAUAUCUAAGGACUUUUUUAUGUUGCCUUAUUGGCCCAAAUUAUACAAGCUGGAAAUAUGGUUGGACUAUUUUUCCUUUUUUGGGGGGCCUGAAAUGUAGAAUCUCACCACAAUUUGUGGAUUAGUUAAUACUAACAAAUAAAACAAAACAGCAUUCAACAUAGAUGGUACAUGCCUUUUAAUCAGUUGGUGUAUGUUGUAAAAGAAACAAGUCAUUGUUUUGAGUUGAGUGGUUCUUUAAUAUUCUGUUUAUUUUGGACGAGAACAGGGCGGCGUGGAUAUGAUAUAAAUGUUAUGCAUGUUGACUUGGAAUUCAAAAAAUGUAGAUUAAGGAAAUCCUCCACCAAGAAUUAGACUGGAAAAACAGGUUGGCUCAGCAGUAAGCAGACGGCAAAUGUGAGGAACACAGAAAGCGUAGUGGAUUCAUGGAACAGCCUUCGGGCAGAGGCUAACAAUGAUCUAGUGUUGAGUUUAACCGAGUUUCUUAAUUACAGGGUAAUGAGGUAAUGGAACAGUGCUGAUAUCAGUGUGAAAAUUGGACUAGGUUGUUGUUCUAGGACUUUAUGCACUAAACAGAGAGUUUUAUUAUUUUAAUUAGCAUUUAUAUAGUGCCUACAUAUUGUGCACUGCUUUGCAAUGAUAGAAUAAGGAUAUUUGACAACAAGUAAUUGACAUACAGAAUAGUAACCAAGAGAAGAGGUAAUGAAGGUCUUGCUCAAACGAAUUAUGACUAAUAUCAAACGCAUAACCGUAGAAUUUAAUAGGCUGGUGAUUAAUCAGAUCUACAUGUUCUCUUUUUUCAGAAUGUUGUCUCUAAGUAUGGCUCACAGUUUCGGGGUAAUUCUCAACAUGAUGCCCUGGAAUUUCUGCUCUGGCUGUUGGACAAAGUCAACGAGGAUCUUAAUUCUUCCAAUGGUGAGAACUCAAAAACGCAGGCCAAGGUUAGUUAUCCACAUACAUUCCCACCAUGUACCUAAAUCCCUUGUUUAUCCAGUUCCCAAUGGCAUAAUUGAAAACAUACAUAAGUUACUUUUUCAGUUCUGUUACUUUUGCCAAAAAUUUUAAUUCUCAACAAUUCUGAAUAAAGUUUAAGUGACACUUGUAAGAAAUAUCCCUAUAUAUGCACUUAUUAUUGAGCCAAUCAGAAUGCUUAUUUUUAGGAUGGCACAACUAGACAAUUGGUUUGAGCGGUGGUCAAGGCUAAAACAUGGGAUUAGUAUCUAGCUUUCGCCUGCAGAGCUAGCAAUCUAAACCAGGGAAAUACUAAGCGGCAGAGGGAAUCACACAGUGGCUUUGAUGUUGAAUGAGCAGUUGCUGGCAAUAUGUUACCAUGAUUGGGGGAUGAAGAUCAGAUUAUCAACUGGUUGAGAAUAUAAAGCGCGCAAAAUAAUCUUGCAAGCUAUCCUAACUCUUUAUCCCUUUGCAUCAGAUGGCAUUUAACGGUCAUAGCAGCAUCUGGGGCAAAGGUUCAUAUGUCACAUGUCACAUCUAAUCAGGACAUAAAGGGAUGCAUGGACAGACUGUCCCUUACAUCCCAUACUGUGUUUCUGGUUACUAACAUGGAGAUAACCACAAUGUCCCUGACUACAAAAAUCCUGCAUAAAAUCAUAUAUAUUUUGUAUGGCUCUUCAAUUAUUCUGCAAGGCUGUGGUGGUGAAAUAAGGAUUAAAAUAAAAUUAUACUGCUUUUUUUUUUCUCCCCUGUUUAUCUCGCUCUGAAUACAGAUAAAAACAACAGGUUUUUUUCCCAGCCUUGCAAUGUGUGCGCUCUCCACAUCCUAAUCCCCUCUUAAUUAUAAAUCGAGAUGUGCUGAGUCCUUCUUAAUUUGCUCCUUCAAAUCCAUUCAGCCAGAUCUGGUAAUUAACAGAAAACACUCGUCAGGAGCUAAAAAGGCUGUAAUUGUGGUUUGGAAACGGUGGGAAAAAAAUUAAAGUUUUAAAAGGGAAAUGUCCUAUAAGGGUUUUUGGGACCCCCCUGUAGCUAACUAAAAGCUACUUAACUGUAUGGAAAUUUUCCUCUUCUACAUUGAUGAACAAUUUAAAAAAAAAAUUAUUUCUUUUUAAACUUCCUUCGAUUGCAUGGCUGUCAUUGCACAACCAAUGGUUAUCGUGUAAAAUAUUCACUGGACUAGAUUAUUCACUAGAGUGCAAAUUAUUAAAAGUAAAUGAAAUAACCCAUAAAAUAUUGGAACACAUUUGAGACAGGACCCAUAACAUUCCACUGACCCUAAGAGGUUAAUCUGUCUAUUUUCCAGGUCACCAAUAAAGAAUAGUUUGCCAAACUGGCAGUGUCCUGUUCGGGGAAAUGCUGAUUGCAUCUCUGGCAGUAAAGGGUUAACACUUUAAAGAAACAUACUGAAUUAUUUAAUAUCCUGCUGAGUGUUCAUACAGAGAGCCAGACUUAUGCGCAUUUAUUUUGACAUCUCCGUCUUUCUACCUCGUACCCUUCACACCCGUCUCUUCAGUAUCACAGCUUCUUUAAUGGUAUUACCUAGUACUAGCCGUCAUCUCAGUAUCUUCAUCAGUGCUAAAACUCUAUACAUCUUGCCCUACAUCCAACCAAGUAUAUAACCACCCUGUUCAUGAGUACUCUCGCUGACAUUCUGUUCAUACUGUUCAAAUUUCACAGCAUCAUAUUCCUUCAUUUCAUGCCCCAUAUACCAGCUCAUCUAUGGAACCUCAUGCAGACUCCCAAGCAGGGCUGGACUGGGAACUAAAAGAAGCGCUGGCAACAAUUCUAUACCAGCCCAAUAAUGUGUCGCGCCAGCAUAGUGUGCUGAUAUAGAGGUGGAAAAGAUAACUUAAAAUUGAAAACUAUUACUCCAACGAUAGGGCUUCAAAAUAAACAAAAUAGCGCCUUUAUUUUAAGCAGAAGUACAUUUGCAUGUAAUCAAUGUUUCAGUGCAACUACCUUGACAUAUUAAAGGACCACUAUAGGCACCCAGACCACUUCAGCUUAAUGAAGUGGUCUGGGUGCCAGGUCCAGCUAGGCUUAACCCUUUUUUCUAUAAACAUAGCAGUUUCAGAGAAACUGCUAUGUUUAUAAAUGGGUUAAUCCAGCCUCUAGUGGCUGUCUCAUUGACAGCCGCUAGAGGGCUUCCGCGCUUCUCACUGUGAUUUUUACAGUGAGAAGACGCUUGCGUCCAUAGGAAAGCAUUGUGAAUGCUUUCCUAUGGACUGGCUGAAUGCGCGCGUGGCUCCUGCCGCGCAUGCGCAUUCAGCCGAAGAGGAGGAGAGGAGGCGGAGAGGAGGAGGAGAGCUUCCCGCCCGCACUGGAGAAAGAGGUAAAUUUAACCCCUUCCUCCCCCCAGAGCCUGGCGGGAGGGGGACCCUGAGGGUGGGGGCACCCUCAGGGCACUAUAGUGCCAGGAAAACGAGUAUGUUUUCCUGGCACUAUAGCGGUCCUUUAAGGACAUUUUAGUAAUGGGACUGAAAUGGUGAAUGUAUGCUGUUGCAACGCUGUAAAAAAGUUCUCUUGUUUAUUUUGAAGUCCUAUGAGUGCGCUCUUCACUUUGAACAUGUGAUUGUGCUGGAGUGUGCCAAUACGUGCUCAUUACAUAUAUGUUAUAUAUUAAUGACAUUUAUGUGUGUAUUAUGCAUAUAUAAAUGUAUAUUAAUAUAUGUGUAAAUAUUAUAGGCAUAAUUAUAUAUGUUACUAAUAUACACAAUAUACGUGUCAUAUCUAUAUAUAUAUGUGUGUGUAUUACUGUCAGAAUUACAUCAAUUACGUCUAUCUGUACAUUGUGUUAGCAAGUUCUCUAGCAAAAUGCAUAUAUUGGAAGGAAAAUCUAUUUAAUAAGAGGUCUUUCUCUCACCUGUCAAUUAGCUCUUCGGCCUAAACUCCCAAUGCCGAAGAACUGAGUUACAGGGAGAGCAGGAGACACAGGCGAAAAUGCAUCGCCCUCUAAACACACAAAAAAAUGUAUCUUCUCUUGUGUUUCUCUUAACUCCCUUAUGAAUUUCUUGGUUUUUUUUUGUGUUUCUUAUUCCCUCCUUUGAUUUUUUUUUUUACCUUGUUGAGUGUAUUUUGUCUCCACUUUUCUCCUUUGUGUCUCUUACAUCCACCCUUGUAUCUCUUUCUUGUAUCUCUCCCCCUCUAUCUCUUUCUCCCCCUAUUUCCCUGUGUCUCUCUAUUCCCCCACUGUUUCUUUCUCCUCCCUUUUCCUGUGUCACUGUAUCCACCCUCUGUCUCUCUCUUCCCCGUGUCUCUUUCUCCCUGUGUCUCUCUCUUUCCCCCUCUGUUUCUUUCUCCACCCCCCGUGUGUCUCUCUAUCCCCUCUGUCUCUUUGCCCCCCUACCCCUGUGUCUCUCUCUUCCCCCUCUGUAUUUGACUCCCCUCCCUUGUAUCUCUCUAUUACCCCUCUGUCUCUUUGCCCUCCCUACCCCUGUGUCUCUCUCUUCCCCCUCUGUCUCUUUCUCCCCCUUUGUCUUUCUCUUACCCCUCUGUCUCUUUGUCCCCCCUCCCCCUGUGUCUAUGUCUACCCUUCACCACCCCCUGAUGCUGACGUUGUCACAGGAGGACUGAGGGAGGGGGCAGAGCUGACUAUCAUGCUCCCUCAUAGUUCCCAUAAUUCCCAGCAUGGACAAAUCAUAGUGUAAUCACUACUCUAUAAUGUGGGUGUGCUGGGAAUUGUGGGAAGCGCGAGGGAGCAUGAUAGUCAGCUCUGCCCCCUCCCUCAGUCCUCAUGUGCUGACAGCUGCAGGGCUGUCAGCAUUAGUGAGUGUGCCGCUGGACCGGCUAGACAGCCAGCCGGCGUGACGGCACCUCCAUACACAACAUGAGAUGCGGCCACCUUCUGCAAGGUAACUAUCGGACGUGGCCAUCCCCCUCAGAGUGUGCCACCGGACUGGCCCGGUAUCCCGGUGGGCCAGUACGGCCCUGCUCCCAAGUGACAGUAAUUCUAGUCCUCUUCUUCUGUGCCCCCACUGAGUGGGCAAGUUCCGUAUCUCACCCAUCUUUGUCUCGCCUUGGCCAGAGUCUCCCCUCUCUAACCUACUUUCAAUAGUCCUAUUUUUCCCCCAAUCCCAUAUAUAUCUCUUUCCCUUCAUGCAUCACAUCACUUUUAUCUGGGAUAUUUACAAAAGUGAGAAUUCAAAUUAAAUCUAAAGUGAACUGCAAAACAAGCUUACAACAAAAAGGAGACAGUGGACGCGGAGACAAAAAAUCUAGCGGGCCAAUUUUAGGUCAUCAGUAAAAUACUGCUGGUUGAGAACAAUUAAGGCAUUCAUUAUUGUUUAAGGCAUAAUUAAAGGUUUAAUACUGGUGGUGAGUCAUUGUUUAUAAGUCUACAGUGAAGCAAACAGUGUGGAGUAGGGCUUGCUGGUUGGGAAGCUGUCUCCGGAUGAAGUGGAGAUGCAGGGAGAUGCACCUGGGAGGCAGGAGACUGGGAGAAAGAUGACUUCAUGUUAGGAACAGGAAACAUAGAAGGAUGUUAAAUAUGAGAGACAAUGGAAGGUUCAGCCUUUGCAGCAGUCACGAGGCAUAGCUGUUGCAUAUAGCAUGCCGAGAGUUGAGUAGAGUGGAAGUAGUCACAGGACAAAGUUGGAAGUAUGGACAUGCGAACCUUGAGAUGUUGCUUAGGUGCCUUAAAGAAACACUCAAAUAAAAAAAAAAUACAUAUGUAAGAGAAGCACUAAACCUAAUGCACAUCCAAUGACCGGCAUCGGAAUUCUUUCAACUAAAAUAGAUUAAAUCCUCUGGCUGUCUGUCUGUUUUUUUUGAGUGUUCCUUUAAGUUUGUUUUUUUCUUGUGUCUUAUUCUCUUUGUAAAAUGUGUGUAGGUACAGUGAAUAGCCUGCCGGCAGAGGUGGUUUAUGCAAUAUAGAAAACAUGACCUGUAUUUCAGGUUGAGGUUUGUUUUUUUGAGUGGAGGUGCGAUUGUUAUUUUUUCGGAUGUGAGGUCACAUUUAAAAUUCUGGUGCCAGUGCCACGUUAAAAAUAACUCAGAGUUCAUUGACAGCGACAACUUCAGCAUGUGCAUUUGCACAUAUUUCUGCAUCAGAAAAGGUCAGGACAAACCGGAUGGGUAGCAGAUUCUUAUCUCUUACUCCAGCCGGCUUUCAAAGGCGGAAUACUGCUGAGUAGACAUGGGCCAGUCUACCCGAUGAAUGGAGGAGCUGACGGCUUGCGUAGUGUGACACUAAGCCCGGCAGCUGGCUUUGCACAUACACUCUCAUCCCAGGAUUAGAGAAGCAGAUCAGACUAAUAGCGAAUCUUCCAAGCGUGAAACAAUGUCCGUAUUCCAGUCACCUACUCGCCUGAGGUCACUUCCUCGUAAUCGGAUGGGCGCAGCAGGAUGCAAAAAAGGCGAUAGGUGUAAUUUCUUAAUGCCAGAUAUAUACGCUGCCAGUAUACUGUUACAUUGAGAUAUUAGCCUAUUUAAGUUAAUUUUUCAAUUAAAAUCUCCAGUUGAUACUUUUAUAAAAAAAAAACACUUUUUUUUUGUACAUAAUUUUUUUUUGGGGGGGGGCACUCAUCGUAUCCCAGGCAAGUUUUGUGAUAAACUAAAUGUUGCAUAUUCACAAAGAAAUGUGUCAUGGCCUUAAAGAAUCAGUGCAUGCCUGGUUAAGCUCAAUGCAGAGAGCUUCUGGUUUUAACAAAGUCUGAAACUGGUGUCUGUCAGACCCCAGGUAAGUGGUCAAACCAUUGUACAGUGCUACGGAAUAUGAUGGCGCUAUAUAAAUAAUAAAAUAAAAAUAAUAAUAAUAAGCAAACGAUUUGACUACCCUGGGGAAGAUUUUGAACGAGGUUUUGGUGACUGGAUUAUUCCUUUUAGCACUGGAAGGCUAAAUUUAUAUGUCAGUAACCAAUCACUUCUUUGUUAUUUAUAGUUUUUUAAUUCAGAUGAUAGCAUAUGACGAGUGAAUAACAUCGCCAGCAAGCAUCUGCAUAACAAAAAAUUAUACAUCAUUGGCAUAAGCUGAGCUGGCCCUAGAUAGAAAAAAAAAUCAAAUUUUCUGAGUAAAAUAGAGAAAUGCAGGAUAUGCAAGUAGUGGAAUGUUAUUACACAUCAUGAACUCUCAGCAGUAAAUACACUAGUUGAGAGUAUAGACAUUAAGAUUAAUAUAGAUUGAGACAAAAUGAUUGCUUAAAGCACAAAACUUAAAAACACAAUGUAAAACAAAAGCAAAUAUUCAUGUCAUGGCAACUUGUAUGUGGCCCAGUGGAGACAGGUUCCAGCAUUGUGGUGCCUGAGAUUCAGACCUGGGCACGGAUCUAUGGCUAACUGAUUCCCGUCAAAGGCAUAGCACUGUCCUUCACAGUAGUAAGGCGCCAUAUGACCAUAGGCUCGUGUAUAGGUAAUUGUCCAGUCAGACAGGGCUGUUGGUAGAGACUCACAGGCCACCGUGGCAGCUGCUGCACUGGUAAGACCCUGGUUGCCCGGUAUGUACAAAGCCGUGGCCUUUUCAGACCAUGUUGGUAGCAACGUGGGGGCUCAGACCAGGUUGGUAGCAACGUGGGGGCAACAUGGGGGUAGGCGCAAUGAUUUCCUUAGCCUUCAGGUCUUGAAAUAUGCUCCCUCACCAUCGGGUGGUUAGAACUCUUAGUUUGCGCAGGAGAGGCCUCCAGUACUGGAGUCGCAGGAGGGGUAGGUAUCAGUGAUGGAGCUUAGUCCAAAAGUCUGCAAAUAGCCAGUCCAGCCUGGUCAGUACGAGAGACUGCUGGCCUCUGGGUCUAGGAUGCAUUUGUCCGCCAUGUUGGAGGACAUGCCACUUCUGCAGCUUGGUUGAUGAGACGUACCACCGGGCACAACAACACCAGCAACAGGUGCCAGGAUAACCCCCACUGGCAGGGGGGGAGAGUGUAAGCUGAAGUGGGCUCUGCAGAUAACAGGGAGUCCAAGGGCAGAGAGAUCAGCCGCCUCUUUUCGCCCGCGCUGAGUAGUUUGCAGACCUGCCGCCAAAGAUUUUCCAAACACUAGCAGAGCUGCUUCAAAAGUACGAAUGCUGGGUCUCUCAAUACUGCAGUAAAGCUGCAAGAGGUGGCUGAUCACUUUUGCGUGGUAUAAGUUGAUAAAAAGGUGAAUUUCUCUCUGAGAAACGUCCAAUCAGCUCGAAAGUUAGCCUCCGCCACCAGAGACCUAUAAUUUAAUCAGAUUUCCGUACACUCCAACAAAAACACUUUAAAAAAAAUUGUUCUUAAUAUUAACCCCUUAAGGACACAUGACAUGUGUGACAUGUCAUGAUUCCCUUUUAUUCCAGAAGUUUGGACUUUAAGGGGUUAAAGCGAACAAAAAUCAGUUAAAAAUAUGUCUUAAUUCUACAGUUAUCAUUUUCUUCAACUUUUCCUUAUUCAAUCAUUGCAAAUGAAGAUUUAUAUCAAGUCUAUAUCACCGUUUAGUGACCAGGGGCCAUUGUCUCUGGCUGUCAUGACGUGAGACUGAGCCGGCUGUUGAACAGGUAUUUACAAUGCAAAUGUCACAUCCUUCCAGAGUCAUGUGGCCGUAUCAUCCAGCUCUUUAGAAUGCCUAUUAAACAGUAAGGCCACUUUACAACUGCUAAUGAUACGGAUUUACUGAUGAUUGAUAUGCAACAUAAUAUCACUACUCACAUUUGUCUUCAGAGUGAAAGAAAUGUCAUUUCCUCUUACUUGAGCAAAUUUUUAUGUUUAACCCCUUAAGGACCAAACUUCUGGAAUAAAAGGGAAUCAUGACAUGUCACACAUGUCAUGUGUCCUUAAGGGGUUAAAGGACCACUAUAGUGCCAGGAAAACAUACUUGUUUUCCUGGCACUAUAGUGCACUGAGGGUGCCCCCACCCUCAGGGACCCCCUCCCGCUCGGCUCUGGGGAGAGCAAGGGGUUAAAACUUACCUUUCUCCAGCGCUGGGCGGGGAGCUCUCCUCCUUCUUUCCUCCUCCUCUCCUCCCAUUCGGCUGAAUGCGCAAGCGCGGCAAGAGCUGCGCGUGCAUUCAGCCGGUCUCAUAGGAAAGCAUUUAUAAUGCUUUCCUAUGGAUGCUUGCGUGCUCUCACUGUGAUUUUCCCAGUGAGAAUCACGCAAGCGCCUCUAGCGGCUGUCAAUGAGACAGCCACUAGAGGAUUUGAGGGCUGGAUUAACCCAUUUAUAAACAUAGCAGUUAACCCUAGCUGGACCUGGCACCCAGACCACUUCAUUAAGCUGAAGUGGUCUGGGUGCCUAGAGUGGUCCUUUAACUGAUAGAAAGUACACAAUUAAUUACAUAGUUAUAUAGGCUGAAAUAAGACAUGGAUCAUUCCUCUGUUUUUGCUGAAACAAAACUUUAGUUUAAUGAAGCAGUUUUGGUGUAUAGAACAUGCCCCUGCAGUCUCACUGCUCAAUCCUCUGCCAUUUAGGAGUUAAAUCACUUAUAGGGAAGUAUUAGAUUGGCUGAGAUCAUCAGGAUUGAUGAUCUCAGCCAUGGAGACAUUGAAAACCAUAUUUCUCCACUCUGAGGGAGGUCUGGAACCCUAAUAGGUUUGUAUGCUUAACACUAUAUAGCGUUCUUUAAAGUUCAAUCUACACAAAAGGAGAAAAAAAUUUCAGUCACAGCACAGCUACUGGAGGUGUGGCUAAGGCUGCGUGAACAGACACAAAGGUGAUUAAACUCCUAAAUAGCAGAUAAUUGAGACUGCAGGGGCAUGAUCUAUACACCAAAACUGCUUCAUUAAACUAAAGUUUAACUAUAAUGUCCCUUUAAGCAUAAUAUUAAAAAAAUGUUGUUUCUAUUUUUCAUUUGACUAUAAUGUCUCUUUAAGCAUAAUAUUAAAAAAAUGUUGUUUCUAUUUUCUUUGGACAUACAACUAUUUGUAUAGUGUGCACCCACUGUCACAUUUCUAUAUGCCCUCUCAACGCUGUACAGCUCUGCACUGCUUGUUGGAGCAAACACUAAUUAGUGAUAUUUUUGAGAUGCAUUUAAAACGUGUAUUUUACCCUCUGCUUCUUUUCUGUUUUAUUGUACAUUAUCCUUUUUAGAUUGUAAGCUCACAGGUUUAUCCUGCAUAGUACUUUAAAAGCGUGUGCCACAAAUCCUGGAUUUAAGCCCAAUGGGCUGGGUUCCCUGUUGAUAUCCUAUCAGCUUGUCUAGUUAUACAUCUCUCUGUAACCGUACCCUUUUUUCAGGCUUGGUUUAUUUACUUUGCUUAGUGCACUGUCUGCUCAGUUUUAUGGUUAAAUGAUCUGGAGUGUGCAGUAGGAAUAAUGCUAUUCUCUUUCAUACACCGUUAAUAUAAAGCUAUAAAAAUGUAGAUAAUAUGUCUAACUAUUAUUAUUACUGACACUGGCAUUUAUAAAGUGCUAAACUCAAGAGAAGGCAAUUGCGCAGAGCACCUGCCAUGCAAAGACUUCUCAUUGAGCUGCAUUGCGAAGUCUGUGAUUGGACAGCCACAGAAAGUCUGGGCGGGGUUAAAAGGGGAGGGCUUGCAAAGGCUGCAGGCAAGAGGUAUGCAGCUUUUGCAAACUGUUUUUAGAUAUAUCCCCAAUGUUAAAAAAAGUAUCAUUUAAAUUCAUAAAUCAUUUAAUUGUUAGUAUAUCUACCAAACACAGAUUUAUUUUUUGUAUUUAGGCAGUGGAGUGUUCCUUUAAGAUACAUUUACCUGUACAUAGAAAUACACAAUGAUAUUCAUGCAUACACACUGGGAUAAAUAGCUAGCAGUUUCUGGACUGUCCGACACAGACGGCUCCCUCCCUGGAACAACCAUGAAAUAAUAUGUUAAGUAAGCUAUAACAAGACUGCUACGGACGUUUUGAAACUUUCUGACUUCAUGGGCUAAAAAUGCACUAUCUUCAGUCACUUCCUGUCUUGUUAAUUGUUAACUAACCCUUGAGCCAUUAUCAAUAAAUCACAUAAAAAUAAAGCUGUUACCAUGUUUCUUUGAGAAUGACGCACCACAAUCACUGCAUAGUGUUCAGCAGAUGGGACAAGUGUAUUUUUUUUUUUUCCAAUAAAUCUGUAUGCAAUACCCUGUGCUUGGCAAGAGCCCCAAGCAUCUGUGUUAACAGAUUCAAUGUGCUCCUUUUAAUCAUUAUACCCGUUAAUGAAGUAUAUCUCUGCGCUUUAGUGCCACUUUUUGCUACAACAACACUAAUAUUUUUCCUUUAAAGUAGAGUUAAAAAAGAAAGGCAAAGUUUUUAUAAUAGCAGAUCUGGCAAUUACCUAUUAACCCUUUUUGGGCAAAAUCUACUAUUAAAGUAUCUUCGUUUUGUAUAGAACCCCCUACGGGCAGCUGCCAUAUUCUCCCGGGAAGCUGGCUUGUUUUUCACAAUUUGGCUGGUAUCCCAGCUUCUUCUUACAAGAAAACACUUAAAAUCUGUAGCAGGCGGCAUUAACUCUCUAUGGCUACUAUGGUGGGUGCUUACCCAAUUUGCAGUAAUAUAGAGAAGUCCAAAACUCUGACCUUCCCUCCCUAUCCGUGAGAUAUGGCCAUCUCUAUUACGAUUGUCAUCUAGUUGGUUUUUGGCUGGCAAGCUGGAUAAAAAGGCAACUUCGUUAGAAGUUUUCAUAGGUAGUCUAACAGUUAUAAUAAUUCUAUAAGAAUAUUCUAUAAGAUAUUUUUCUGAAUAGGUCAUUGCCCGAAUUACUUUAACUUCUAGUAAUUCCACAUGCUUCAUAACAUCAUGAUGCGUACUUUUUAAAUUAUAUAGGCCUCAAUUUAACAAGCUGUUCAAAUAUAGUAAGAAAAAUGUUCCAAAUGAUUUAUCUUUAAAAAUUCCAAUAGUUAAUGUGACUUCUCCGGAUAACGUGGAAUGUUUUUAUAAUAGUGUCUAAUAAUUUGGAAAGCUUAUUAAAUCGAGGCCUAUAUACCUAAACCUUAUCCUUAUCAACAAGUCGUUUCUAAGAAUUGAAAGGUCUGCAGUUCAACGUUAAACUUUUUUGACCAGAAAUCUUACUGAAUAAUUUUAUAAAAAUGUAGUCUCACGAAAUUAAUGCAAAGAGAAAAAAAAUAAUUUUUAAAAAUAAUUUAUUUAAAAAAAAAACCCCCAAAAAAACUGUUCUUGAAGUAUAUACAUAUAUUCUGCUCGUUUAUCAGACAAAUUUAUUCCAUGGAUUGGUUCCCAUAUUGCACCAACACCUCACAACAGCUCCAUGUUCCGCAGGAUAGUCCAGCCGUCCUAAGAUUAUUCUCUGGUGUCAUUAUUCAUCUUGUUCUCAGCAUGCGCAGCACAGGUGCCUCAUUAGACCUACUAGCACUGUACAAACUGCAUAUUGGGUAUUCAACUCAUUGCACAGCGCACUGCGCAUGUGCAGCCCUGAGCGGCCAUUAUGAUGGCCAGUAAGCCUGACUUACUUUAACACCAAGCUGCCAUGCCACUUCUUCAGUCAGAACCUGCCCGCUUGGGUAUCACCAGUGAUGUAAGCGUGUCACUGGUAUAUGUAACCCCUAUAAACUCACCCUCUUCUGUCCUGAUUUCAUUCUUCUCAAUGUUGGGAGGUAUUAUUAUUAUUUAUAAGGCACCAACAAAUUCCGCAGCGCGGUAAUGUUCACCUCCUAUUAUGAAUUUGACUAGUACUGUCUAUUUGUAUCCAGGACAGCUGGUAGGUAUGUUAUUCACCUUUUCUUAAAAAACACCUGUAUGUAAAGUCAGCAUCUAUAUCUUUUUAUAAAUUGACAAGCUGCAGGUCAGAGAGUUUUGGGAGUUGUAGUCCAGCUGUCUGCUCUCUACAGAAACCUCUUCUGUGCAAGGGUUUAUGGAAUACAUUUACAGCCCAUAUUGUAAAUUAUAUGCUAACGUCUGCAAUGAGUAGGCCACAUCCUGGUUUCAGCAGAGCUCACUGCAGACGCUGCAAAGCCUAAAUGUUUGCAGCAAAUGCAUACAUUUCAAAUGUGAUUACUUCAUUUUUGUCUUAAUGUGUAUAUUUUAAAGCAUUAUAUAUACAAUCCCUUAAAUUUGAGAAAACUCUAUAUUUAACGUUCCUCAAUGCUCCAGUAACCUGUAUACAUGUUAUAUUUCUGACAAUAACCAAUAUAUAUAUUUUAUUAAAUUUACAGCCUCCACCUGCUUCUGAGCAGAGACCAACCAGCCCCUCACACUCCCUGCCUACAGCUGGGGCACAGAGCUUUGUGGAGGAACACUUCCAAGCACAGUACAGGUAGGUACACUAACAGCUGAGUGAUACAUAUUGAUACAUAUAUCAGGUUGGUUGGAGCCACAGUCUACCUCCAGAUCGGUUAUGGUACAGACCAGAUAUUGUAAAGACUGUUCCUAUAUUUAUAUGGAGCACACCAUUUACUGAAAAAAGGGAUAUCUGUAAGUGCAUGGACCAGGCCAUUUGAUGUAAAAAGAUAUUGCACCCCAUUUGAUUUAAAUGGCCAGUGUUGUCUCAACAGGGUUUUUAGAAUUCUAUGAGGACUAUCUAGUUAAUUUAGGAGGAGGUUCCUUAAAUAUUUCUGAAGCCAUUUUAAUACACCACAUUCUGUGGCAAAUGUCAAAGGUCAGUUUCCUGAGGGGUAAAAAAAGGUCUAAUAAAUAAAAUAGGCGAAUGUAGGGAAAAAAAUCAUAUAAAUAAUACCAGCAACUAUCAACACAUUUAAAGUGCAAGUUUUUGGGAAUUCAAAUGUUUAGGCCAGGAUAACUGAAUUUAGAGCAUACAUGACUUCUAAAACAUUUCCAUGCAAUGUUCCAGAUGAUUACAUUAGUUUCCACGGUAACUGCUCAACUUGUAGAACGUUGCCGCCCCCUAUUCCCACCUCUUUUAGAGUUAUUCACUAAAACUCGGUUUGUUGGAAACUCAGAGUGAAAAAAAAAAUUUUAGGUCCAGAAAAUCCCCAAUUCAUUUGAAUUCCUGACACUUUACUGAAUAACCAUCUCUCUGUAUUACUGACCCAACUGGUUAUAAGGAUGAUUGUUAUUAAGAUUAAGAUUCCUGAGGUCUCAGUUGACCUCACUGUCCCCUCGCUGCACAGCAAUGCCCAGACCAUAACUGUCUCGUACACCUAUAAUUACUCAUCACAAGACACCUCGGCUCGCCUACCGACAUGUUCUCUAUAAAUAGUGUUCCUCUAUUUACUUGUUUACCUACCAAGAGCCCAUCUGCAUGGGUGUACAGGUCAUGGUUUAAAUAAACGUAUUAUAAGCACCCACCCAUCAACAAAUGGUCAGCUAAAUAAGUUUCCCAAACCGGCUAUUGUGGCUGUGGCGAAACCAACCUCGCCACUGUGAACUGGAGAAGCCUGGUUGCUCGCCUGCUCCCUUUGGACUAUGGCCCUGCAGGUUAAACCGUUUAUUUCCCCUGCAGAAAGGCUUAUUUGUGUGAUCUGAGUGCCAUUCAUCUAAUAAUGUGCACUCAGAUCCCAGCUAUCUGGGGAUAUGUGAAAUGUCUGUGUGUUAUGUGUAAAUGUGACUUUAUGUAUUUUAAAGUGUUUUGUGUCUUUUUGCAACCAUGUGCUUAAUGGAGUCUUGUGUCUAUCCUGGGAGAUAAUUGAAUUACUUAUCUCCAGGAUAGAAGACUCUGAAACUGGUUUGGGCCAGAAAGCCAUGCUUCAUUUAGUCACAAAGGACUUUUACUAACUUUUGAACCCCUUGUCUGAUUUGUGCCAUUUUUGAAUAUGUUGUUCCCCUGAAUGGAUUGAUUGUGAAUAUGUAAUUUUAUGUGAAUGUGAUGUAUGGUUUUGGAGUUAUGAAAGUUGGGUAGAAAGUAUGUUUUAACUGUAUGUAUAAUUGAGUUUCCUCUCAGGAUAAGGGGAGGGAAUAUGUGGGAUGUAACUGUGAUAUGAUUGGUUGUUUUAUCCCUCCCUGUGGGUGGUCCUGUAUUUGAAACACUGUAAUAAAAACCAGGCUGGGUGUGCCAGCACCUCAGACCACUGCUUGACCCUCAACACGGAGCCUUGUCUCGUUCUUGGGGGGAUUCACUGUAUGCUGUUAGAGACUGAUUGCCAGGAGUGUAAGCUGAUUGUCUGCUUUUCCUGUUCGUCUGCUAGCAGCUAUUUGGGAGGUUCCAGUUCGGGAGUUGGAGUGCUAUUUUGUAUCCAGUUCGUGAGUUUUGGUGUUCUGCAGUAGCUGUGCCUGUAUCUCUGGGAAGGGGGCCGAUCGCCUAAACGGUUUUUACCUCUUGUGUGCAAAACGGUCCGUUACAUUGGUGGCAAGCGGUGGGAUGGCGUCCUAGUGCGAGGUAAAGCAGCUCGGAGACACAGUUCGUGGAUUUACAAAUUGAGGGCAACGCUAGUACCCGUACAGCGACCCUAUCUACAAAAGAACUAACUUCAGCAGAGCAAGCAUGGCGUAUGACUACACUCAGGAGGAGUUUGACAGAGAGGUUAAUGAGGUGCUGUCUACCUUUGGACCCAACCCCCCAGAGAGAGCCGUGCAGCUCGCCAGGAAACUAGUAGGAGAAUACCUGCAAUCUCUAGUAGAUUUGGCCAAAAAGGAGUCCCAGGGAGCUGAAGGUGUCGUCCUUCCUCCCCAGCGGCAGUGUGUGUCCCAGGGAGCUGAAGGUGCCGUCCUUCCUCCCCAGCGGCAGUGUGUAACCCAGGGAGCUGAAGGUGCCGUCCUUCCUCCCCAGCGGCAGUGUAUAUCCCAGGGAGCUGAAGGUGCAGUCCUUCCUCCCCAGCAGCAGUGUGUACCCCAGGGAGCUGAAGGUGCCGUCCUUCCUCCCCAGCGGCAGUGUGUACCCCAGGGAGCUGAAGGUGCAGUCCUUCCUCCCCAGCGGCAGUGUGUACCCCAGGGAGCUGAAGGUGCAGUCCUUCCUCCCCAGCGGCAGUGUGUACCCCAGGGAGCUGAAGGUGCCGUCCUUCCUCCCCAGCGGCAGAGUGUCCUGCAGGGAGCAGAGACCGUCAGUCUCGCACCCCAACCACAGGACAAAAUAAUGAAAGGGGAGACAGCUGGUCCCCCUCUCCACCAGCAGAGAGAGUGUCAGGGAGAGGAGCCUGAUACCCCUUCUCCCCAGCGGCAGUUUACAGUUCAGAGAGAGGAGCUUGUUACACCCUCUCUCCAGCGGCAGCCUAACCCAGCAAGGGGAGAUGUUACACCCCCCAACAGUGCAGAUGGGACUGUAGUCUCUGCACUUACAGCACAAGGGAUAGGGACAGUCGGUCCUGUUCCCCAGCCACAGAGCGGUGUAUCCAGAGGGGAGACAGUCGGUCUCUCCCUCCCACAACCAGGCUCCCACCAGGCUACUUCCGUGGUAGCACUGGCAUCAGGGCAGAGUACCGCUGGUCUCUGCCCACUCAGCAACCCACCAAGGCAGCCUAACAGUUGCCCACACAGUCGUGGUGAGGCACCUGGACAUGGACAAAGUUCUCCUCUACCCAGGUGUAGUAACCAGUUAUUGUGGGUGGGCUGUACUGCUGUUUCUGUUUUGUGGGUGGGUUGCUGGACUAACCAGGGCACUGACCGGCAGGAGGUCAGAUACCCUGUUAGUCUAGUUGGUAAAGGGGAGAAGUGUGGCGAAACCAACCUCGCCACUGUGAACUGGAGAAGCCUGGUUGCUCGCCUGCUCCCUUUGGACUAUGGCCCUGCAGGUUAAACCGUUUAUUUCCCCUGCAGAAAGGCUUAUUUGUGUGAUCUGAGUGCCAUUCAUCUAAUAAUGUGCACUCAGAUCCCAGCUAUCUGGGGAUAUGUGAAAUGUCUGUGUGUUAUGUGUAAAUGUGACUUUAUGUAUUUUAAAGUGUUUUGUGUCUUUUGCAACCAUGUGCUUAAUGGAGUCUUGUGUCUGUCCUGGGAGAUAAUUGAAUUACUUAUCUCCAGGAUAGAAGACUCUGAAACUGGUUUGGGCCAGAAAGCCAUGCUUCAUUUAGUCACAAAGGACUUUUUACUAACUUUUGAACCCCUGUCUGAUUUGUGCCAUUUUUUAAUAUGUUGUUCCCCUGAAUGGAUUGAUUGUGAAUAUGUAAUUUUAUGUGAAUGUGAUGUAUGGUUUUAGAGUUAUGAAAGUUGGGUAGAAAGUAUGUUUUAACUGUAUGUAUAAUUGAGUUUCCUCUCAGGAUAAGGGGAGGGAAUAUGUGGGAUGUAACUGUGAUGUGAUUGGUUGUUUUGUAACGCCCUGUGGGCUGUACUAUGUUUGUGGAUUGGGAAUAAAAGAGACUGUAUGUGACAGUACAGGAGUUCCUGUUUUAACCCUCAAAGUGAAGUGUCGUCUCAUUAUUGGGGGAAGGAUUCAUUGUAUGCUGUUCCAGUUUGACUGCUAGGAGAGUAAACCUAUUCGUAUGGUUCCUAUUCAACUGUCUACAGCAUUCAUAUGCUUGGGAGAAUUUAUUUGUUUCUCCGGUUCGGUGAUUGUGGUGUCUGCCAGAGUGCUUGGAGUCCUCAGGAAGCGCUAGGAGCAUCCUUCAACGGAGGUACCCAGUCGGGGUGCCAGGUGAUCCGUUACAGUGGCCAAAAAUAUUAAAUUUCUUUCCCCGUUCUCCAUACCACUCAACGGUCCUACAUAUAUGGCAGGAUAAUAUUUUCAGGUCCCUGUAGUCAUUACUUUUCUUGGUUGUUGUGUUACCAUCUGCCCCCAUUCUGCAUUUAUACCUCCCAAUAUAGGAAAAUGUAUAAUAUGUAGCUCUUGCAGUAGAAAGAGGGAAGUGCUCAUGCCAUUGUACAGAACACUGGUGAGACCUCACUUGGAGUAUUGUACACAGUACUGGAGACCGUAUCUUCAGAAGGAUAUUGAUACCUUAGAGAGGGUUCAGAGAAGGGCUACUAAACUGGUUCAUGGAUUGCGGGAUAAAACUUACCAGGAAAGGUUAAAGGAUCUUAACAUGUAUAGCUUUGAGGAAAGACGAGACAGGGGGGAUAUGAUAGAAACAUUUAAAUACAUAAAGGGAAUCAACACAGUAAAGGAGGAGAAUAUAUUUAAAAGAAGAAAAACUACCACAACAAGAGGACAUAGUCUUAAAUUAGAGGGACAAAGGUUUAAAAAUAAUAUCUGGAAGUAUUACUUUACUGAGAGGGUAGUGGAUGCAUGGAAUAGCCUUCCAGCUGAAGUGGUAGAGGUUAACACAGUAAAGGAGUUUAAGCAUGCGUGGGAUAGGCAUAAGGCUAUCCUAACUAUAAGAUAAGGCCAGGGACUAAUGAAAGUAUUUAGAAAAUUGGGCAGACUAGAUGGGCCGAAUGGUUCUUAUCUGCCGUCACAUUCUAGGUUUCUGGAAUUCACUGUUAUAAGAGGGAAUGUUUUAUCAUUAAUUGAAUUCCCCAUAAUGUAUGUAUUUUAUAUACUGUAUGUACUGUUUGUAUUUUAGGGUUACUGUAUUAUUUCAGUGAUGCAGAUGUAAAAGAGUACUACGGUAUAAAUGUGAUAUCGGGGAUGGGAGGCUGUUACAUCACUGACAAAGCAACAAGGGCACUCUCCUGAAAAUGUGAUGGCCGUUGGGGAGUGACUGGUGGCCAUUUUGUCAAGUCCUACGCAGGGCUGAUUGAGCACAGUAUGAUUUGUAUGGCACUGGUGCAUCUGAUGGUAUGUUCAUGCUGUUGUAAGCACUAGAGACCAAAAUGAGGAUAGCGUGACAGGACCACGAAAUCAGGAUUGCACUGGUUGAAUACAGGAACAUUUUGGAAGCAUGAUUAAUGGUGUUUCUUAAAAAAAUAUUAUCAUAUGGCUCAGGGCCGUCUUUAACAAGGGGCAAACGGGGCAGCUGCCCCGGGCCCAGUUGCUCCUGGGGGGCCCAAAGCAACUGUCCCGUGGGCCCCCUGCCCGCAGCCAGGACUGAACAGCCCACCGGGAUACUGAGAAAUAUCCCAGUGGGCUGCGGCAAGUGAAGUAAUCAGGGCCCCCCGGCCCUUUAAUUGAGCACCCGACCGGGCCCCUGUCUGUAUGCCUGCUGGGAGGAAGUGAGGUGAGAUCACUUCCUCACAAAUAACAGAGUGCCGCUGGGGAGGAGGAGACACACAUGGAAGUGGAGGAGAGGGAGGAUGCACACACAGGAGGAGGAGGUAAAGGAGAGGGACUGAGGUAAACAUGUUCAUCAGACUCCCAUCAACCUCAGCCAUCCAGCUUCCACUGGACCCCAGGGAAGCCACCCUUCUCUAAAGGUAAGGAGACAAGAGGGUGGCUAGACUUAAAUUGAUAUAAAUGUGUGUAUAUCUGACUGUAUGUGUAUAUCUGACUAUGUAUGUGUGUAUCUGACUAUGUAUGUGUGUAUCUGACUAUGUAUGUGUGUAUCUGACUAUGUAUGUGUGUAUCUGACUAUGUAUGUGUAUAUCUGACUAUGUAUGUGUAUAUCUGACUAUGUAUGUGUGUAUCUGACUGUAUGUAUGUGUAUAUCUGACUGUAUGUGUAUAUCUGACUGUAUGUGUGUAUCUGACUGUAUGUGUAUAUCUGACUAUGUAUGUGUGUAUCUGACUAUGUAUGUGUAUAUCUGACUAUGUAUGUGUAUAUCUGACUAUGUAUGUGUGUAUCUGACUGUAUGUAUGUGUAUAUCUGACUGUAUGUGUGUAUCUGACUGUAUGUGUAUAUCUGACUGUGUGUGUGUAUAUCUGACUGUGUGUGUGUAUAUCUGACUGUGUGUGUAUCUGACUGUGUGUGCGUAUCUGACUGUGUGUGUGUAUCUGACUAUGUAUUUGUGUAUCUGACUAUGUAUUUGUGUAUCUGACUAUGUGUGUAUCUGACUAUGUGUGUGUGUGUAUCUGACUAUGUGUGUAUAUCUGACUGUAUGUGUGUAUCUGACUAUGUGUGUAUCUGACUGUGUGUGUGUAUCUGACUAUGUAUGUGUGUGUAUCUGACUAUGUAUGUGUGUGUGUAUCUGACUAUGUGUGUAUCUGACUAUGUGUGUAUCUGACUAUGCGUGUGUGUCUGACUAUGCGUGUGUGUCUGACUAUGCGUGUGUAUCUGACUUUAUGCGUGUGUAUCUGUAUGUGUGUGCGUUUGUAUCUGGCUGUGUGUGUGUAUCUGGCUGUGUUUGUGUCAGUGUAUGUGUACCUUUGUGUCAGUGUUUAUGUGUAUCUAUGUGGAUGUAUACCUGUGUCCGUGUACUUGUGUGUCAGUUUGUAUGUGUACCUGCGUGUCUGUGUAUGUAUGUGAGUGUCAGGUUGUGUAAGUGUGUAUCUAUGCGUGUGGCAAUGCAUACGUUCCAUCAUUCCAGUACCAACACUGCACACAUAUACACUACUACAUUCCAACGCUAACACUGCACACAAAUACACCACUGCAUGUGUAUCUGUGUGUAUCUCAGUGUUUGUGUAAGUGUGCAUCUGUGUGGCAAUGCAUACAUCCAAGCAUUCAUUUGCCAACACUGCACACAAAUACACCCCUGCAUGUGUACCCGUGUGUCUGUGUGCAUCUUAAUGUGUGUCUAUAUCUGUGUCAGUGUGUGUAAGUGUGUAUCUCUGUGUGUGGAUGUGCCAGUGUUUUUAUCUUUGUAUCUGUGUGUGUGUGUGUGUAUGUAUGUAUGUGUCUGUGUGUGUAUACGCCAGUCUGUUUGUAUCAGUCUGUGCAUGUGUCCAGAUGUGUGCAUGUAUCAGUGUGCUAAUGUGUAUGGAUAUCUGUGAAUGUAUGUCAUACAUCCAAGCAAUCAAACACAACAUGCAAACACACCCCUGCAAACACAAACAUUACAUACAAACACGCCCCUGAAUUCAAACUCAAAAAGUAUAUAGAAACACACCCCUUCACUCUAACACCAAUACUACACCGUACAUGCACACACAUACUCUAUACAACAACAUGCUCACAAAUACAGCCCUGCAAGAAUGACCAAAUGGUAGAUCCCCAACUGGCAUAGCAUCGUGGGAAUUGUACAACAGAUGAGGAUCUAUCUUUUCUCCAUUAUUGUGCUAGAUGGGAGGCCCAAAAAAAUGUCUUGCACCUGGGCCUUCUCUACAUUAGUUAUGCCACUGUAUUGGGGUGGAGGGCAUGACUGCAUGCCAGGGGGUGGAAAUGUGUGGAGGGGAAGGGCAGGAUCCAGGGGGCCCAAGCAAAUGCUUGCCCAGGGUCCAAUCAAUGUUAAAGACAGCCCUGAUAUGGCUACUUCAAGCACCAUGUCCAUGUCAGCGAUUUGAAGUGGUUAUGGUGCCUGGAGUCUGUAUGUGCAACAUUUUGCUAUGAAAUGCUACACAUACAGAGUUUAACCUCGUUGCUGCCGGAGGUGUAACUUUACUUCCGGACACAUCAUUGGGACGGCAUUAGCCAGCUAAUGCUUUCACCCAAUGAAGGGGAUUGCCAUCUGGCCCUGCAGCUAUGCAGCAGCCACAUGCAGCUCACAGCCCUCAGGAGAGGAGCCUCAAGCCCCGGCAGAACCAGGUAAGAGGACAAACCAUUGCAAAACCGCAUGCCCCACUACUGGCAAAUGGUGCCAGUGUGCUCCUACCAUCAGCAGGCUUUAGUGGUUAUAAUACUUAGAGUAAUCCUUUAACUGUAACUUAAAAUUUAAAAAAACAUACGUGCAUAUCCACAUGUUUAUUAAUGCUAUUGUAUAUUACAGAUCAUCACUCACCUGCCCUCACUGCCAUAAACAGAGUGACACAUUUGACCCCUUCUUGUGUGUCUCAUUGCCCAUCCCCCUACGUCAAACCAGGUAAGAGGCUUUAUUCUUUUUCACGUGAAUGACUUAACUCCUUUAGUAAACACUUUACAUUUAUUGUUAUAUGAAAUUCCUGUAUUUUCUGCAAAACACCAGGUUUUGCAGCAUCUGCAGUGAGCUCUUAACAAACCAGAAAGUGACUGACAAUAAACUUGUUCACUUAAAUUUCUUUAGCAAGGAGUUCUGAGAGCUAUAGUUCGUUGGUCAACUUACUUCUGUGGAAACCUAAGUGUUGGCAUUAUGUAGGGCAGUAUUUUUGGAGCAAAAGGGGCAGUUUUGGUUAAAGGGGCAGAAAGGGCACUGACCAUAAAAACCUACCUUGCACAUUCAAUCUAACUCACAGACACAGACACACACACACUGUAACGGAACUUGGCAUUUGAUGAUCUUAAAUAAAGUACAUUGAUCUGUGGUUAGUAAAUCACAGUAUCUCAUUAGCCUUAAUAGAAUAUCUACAGAUGAAAAUACGUGUUUUAUCUCAGAUAGUUAAAUCCUAGCCCGAGGAGUCUAUUCACUAAAUAAUGAGUAGAGGUGAGUUGACAACAGAGUUACGAGAUUUAGGCCUGAAUAACAGAGCAUUGAAAAACUGAUUUAUUUAUUUCACCUAGUUAUUGUAACUCAUUUAUCAAGUCAUGUUUAGUGAAUAUAUUUCUUGCUGUUUUGUACUUAUAGUGGUAGAACAUUGGCUUAAGGACAGAGUACAACGAGUUGUAAUUAAUGGUAAAUUUUCAGGCUGGACAAAAGUGGUAAGUGGUGUCCCUCAGGGUUCUGUUUUGGGACCACUUCUAUUUAACAUAUUUAUAAAUGAUCUUGAAAUAGGCAUUGAAAGCCAUGUAUUAGUGUUUGCAGAUGACACAAAACUUUGUAAAGUAAUAAUAUGUGAGCAGGAUAUUGCUUUGCUGCAGAGAGAUUUGGAUAGAUUGGGGGACUGGGCACUAAAAUGGCAGAUGAAAUUUAACAUAGAGAAAUGCAAAGUUAUGCACUUCGGGGUUAAGAAUGCACAAGCAAUUUACACACUAAAUGGCAGUGAAUUAGGAAUAACCACACACGAGAAGGAUUUGGGAAUUGUUAUAGACAACAAAUUAAGCAGCAAUAUGCAAUUUCAAUCUGCAGUUGCUAAGGCCAGUAAGAUUUUGUCAUGUAUAAAUAGGGGCAUAAAUUCUCGGGAUGAAAAUAUAAUUUUGCCUCUUUAUAAAUCGCUGGUAAGACCACACCUUGAAUAUGCUGUGCAAUUUUGGGCGCCUGUUCUAAAGAAGGAUAUCAUGGCACUGGAGAGGGUCCAGAGGUGAGUAACAAAAUUGAUAAAAGGAAUGGAGCAUUUUAGUUAUGAAGAAAGGUUAAAAAAAUUAAAUCUGUUUAGUUUGGAAAAACGGCGCCUGAGAGGGGAUAUGAUAACUUUAUACAAAUAUAUUCGGGGCCAGUACAAACCUUUAUCUGGAAAUCUAUACAUAAACAGGGCUAUACAUAGGACACAAGGUCACACAUUUAGGCUGGAAGAAAGGAGAUUUCAUCUAAGGCAAAGAAAAGGUUUUUUUACAGUAAGAACAAUAAGGAUAUGGAAUUCUCUGCCUGAAGAGGUGGUUUUGUCAGAGUCCAUACAGAUGUUUAAACUGAAAUUGGAUAAAUACUUACAAAACAUAACAUACAGGGAUAUAAUUUCUAAUUAGUGGGGUAAUAGCUGCUUGAUCCAAGGAGACAUCUGACUGCUAUUUUGGGGUCAAGAAGGAAUUUUUUCCUAGUUUGUGGCAAAAUUGGAAGUGCUUCAGACCAGGUUUUUUGCCUUCUUUUGGAUCAACAGCAACAACAUUUGUGAGGAAGGCUGAACUUGAUGGACGCAAGUCUCUUUUCAGCUAUGUAACUAUGUAACUAUGUUUGGUGCAUAUUUAUUUAUACAAGGCCAGAUAACACCCACCUUUAUUGAACUCAGAGACAAAGAACCACUACUACUUCAUCUCAAAGUGGUAUGGGUGAAGUGGUCCUGUCCUUUUAUUAUUAUUUUAUUAUUUAUAUAGCGCCAGCAAGUUCCAUAGCGCUGUACAAUAGAAAACAUUGCUGGUUUGCAGAAACUGCAUUAUCAGUGUUAAAUCCACCACUGGUAGCUGUCUUUCUGAACCGCACUAGAGGCACUUGCUGCUCCAGAUCGAUUAAAACUUGGUCUGGUUAUCAAAUGCAACUGAAAGCAACGUUUAGCAGCGCAUGCAUAUCUCCAAUCCAUUGAUGAUUUUUUUUUGAGACUAUAGAUUCUCUUUAACCCCUUCACGACCAAGGACGUAUCAGGUACGUCUGACAAAAAAAAGGUCCUUAAGGACCGCGGACGUACCUGAUACGUACGCAGGAAAUUAGAGCACUGGAAGCGAACAUGAUCGCUUCCAGCAGCUCUAAUGGUAUUGCUGCGAUGCCUCAUAAAAAAAAAUUAUAUAUAUAUAUCUUUUAUAUAAUGUCAUGCUAAGUGUAUUUUUUUAAAUUAAUAUAUACAUAUAUUAUUAAUAUAAAAAUACACUUAGAGAAAAUCAAAUUUCUAGCACUAUAUUUAACCCUGUAACUUUCCAUGACACCCUAAAACCUGUACAUGGGGGGUGCUGUUUUACUCGGGAGACUUCGCUGAACACAAAUAUUAGUGUUUCAAAACAGUAAAACAUAUCACAGCGAUGAUAUUGUCAGUGAAAGUUUUUUGCAUUUUUCACACACAAAUGGUACUUUCACUGAUGAUAUCAUUGUUGUAAUACAUUUUACUGAAACACUAAUAUUUGUGUUCAGCAAAGUCUCCCGAGUAUAACAGUAACCCCCAUGUACAGGUUUUAUUGUACUUUUGAAAGUUACAGGGUUAAAUAUAAGGCCAUUUUUUGAAAAUGGCCAGGUUGGUUAUGUUGCCUUUGAGAGCGUAUGGUAGCCCAGGAAUGAGAAUUACCCCCAUGAUGGCAUACCAUUUGCAAAAGAAGACAACCCAAGGUAUUGCAAAUGGGGUAUGUCCAGUUCUCAGUACAUGUAUUCUUAAAUUGCUAUGUGUGUCAAAAAAAUCACCAAUUAUAAUAAUUUUUUUAAAUUUGGCAUAGAUUGGUGGUAAAAUUGUUGCAUGAAAAGAGUCAAAAUACCCCAAGUUUAAUACCUUUGGUUGUCUUCUUUUAAAAAAUAUAUACCUGUACAUGUGAUGGUUAUUCGGGGAUUCCUGACAGAUAUCAGUGUUACAAUGUAACCCGCAUUCAUUUUGAAAAAAAUGGUUUGGAAAUAGCAAAGUGCUACUUGUACUUAUGGUCCUACAACUUUCCAAAAAAAAGCUAAGAACAGGUUAACAUUGGGUAUUUCUAAACUCAAUACAAAAUUUAGAAACUAUUUAGCACGGGUGUUUUUUGGCGGUUGUAGAUCGGGGGUCAAAGUUUGAAAAAGUGUGUUCUUUUAAAUUUUUUCAUCAUAUUUAUAAUUGUUUUUAUAUUAAAAUAUAUGAUGUGAUGAAAAUAAUGGUAUCUUUAGAAAGACAAUUUAAUGGCGAGGAAAACGGUGUAUAAUAUGUGGGGGUAUAGUAAAUGAGUAAGAGGAAAAUUACAGCUAAACACAAACACUGCAGAAAUGUAAAAAGAGCCCUGGUCCUUAACGGUAAGAAAAUUGAAAUAUGGUCUGGUCACUAAGGGGUUAAGUAUUUUUGGCAGACAAAGUUUUGCUUUUUUUCCCCACAUUUAGUGACAUGACUUCUGUUUAAUUCAUUUUUUAGAUGUUAAAUCUGUAUCUGAACCAUUUCUUCAUUGUCAUUAUCUGAUUCACCUGUAUACAUGGCUCUGUAUUCGAUUUCAGACAGUUCCGUCAUUGAGAGAGAGGGUCUGAUAUUAUGGGCAAUCAGAGAAGGACUUGCUAAUAGCGCUCCCUGCAGAAUAAGUUGGGUUUGCAGCUUAGAAAGAGGCUUUAAAAGGGACGGAAAAGUCGGAAAUAGAUAUUUCAGUAGACAGGAAAAAGGAGUAGGGGAAGGAUGUAUGGACAGGGCUUCCUCGUAUACUUGUAAAGAGGAAAACACAAGUUGGUGAUUGCAAACUCAUUAUAAAUCUUCUCUUAAAAUGUAUUUAGUUCUAUAUAUAAGUACAUUUAAGCACAUGGGGUGGGUGGCAGCAAUGUGACUUGGCUGUAUAAUACAAAUGCAAAUACAUUCACAAUUUAAGCCCUACGCUCAAACUCUUACUACUCAUCGGUGGCAGCAAUGACUAUAACACACAUUAGCCCCAAUACAUAAAAUAAAAAAAUGGCCAUUAAAGUGAAAGCUCACUUGCCCCGUAUUGGGGCUGAUUGUGUUUUAUGUUUUUUUUAAUUCUUUAUUUUUGGAGUGCAUAAGCGAAUAACAAACAGGUGUGAGGUACCCCAAAGGCAUUCCUCCAACGCGGUAUUGACAUUUGAACAUCAAGCACAAAUUGUAUCUGUAGAUUGAUGAAUAAACAAUAGAGGGGCUUCUCACUAGUUCUGUCACUUAUCCGAAAUUAACAUCACUGAGUUAUCUGGAUAUGUAAGGUUUAUGCUUUGCUUUGGUGUAGCUAGAUCUGUUCCCUAGCUAAAAAUAACAUCGCUGGGUAGCCUAAACAUGCAACCAGGUUUAGCUAGAUCUGUCACAUAACUGCAGACAAUAUCGCUGGGUCACCUAGUCCUGCGACUGAAAAUAACAUCGCAGGGUUAUCUAGACAUGCAAGGUGUAGGCUUUGCAGGGUUUAGCUAGAUCUCUCACUUAGCUGAAGGUUACAUUGCUGGGUUAUCUAGACAUGUAAGGUUUCGUGCUUUGCAAGUGUGAACUAUAUAUUGUGAGGUAGACCACUGGGAUCUAUUCACGAUUAACUGAACCUUAAACCAACAGGAGCUCUUUUCUUCAUAUGUAGCGUUGUCAUGGCAAGUCCGCAAUGGCCUGGGGGGUGUUAUCAAUGUGGGGUCAGUAUUUGACUCUCAAAUCUGGUUGUGCUGCUGGUGCCAAGUCUCGGAACAGUCUAGGCCAGUGGAGCACCUGUGAGGUGACGUGGUAGGCGCCUCAGCCCCCACCCUGUGGUGGUAAGGUCCGUGUGUUGUUUCCCUUAGUCCCUUCAUCUUGGUGGUCAGCUCCAGUAAUUCCCUCUGUGCUGUGCAGCCGCAUUGACUCUUACGCUGUUGUGGUGAGUGGGAAGGAGUGUCUCGUGCUGCGCUGGCCGCCAGUGUUUUGAUCCUGGAAGAGGUUUGUGUGCUUUGCUCGUUUUAUAGUCCCUGCGUCACUUGUAUGCUGAAGGUAGCUUUUGCUUGAGGGGUUUGGCGCCGCGUCCUGCCUCGAGGCCCGGCAGUGUCUGGUUUGCUGGACGGCCCGGGGUACAUGCGUGUAGUAGCUUUGCCUCGCUGCUAGCCGUAUCCAUGAGGCCACCGUUAGUUCAGCUUGGCGGUGAGUUGCCCCUAGGCUGAGCUUCCCUGAGGCCUGCGCAUAGCCCGUCAAAGAUUUCUAUAGGGGACGCGUUUUUUGUUGCGGGUGCUCCGCUGUCGAGGCGCCCGCUGGGCGGCCAUUUUGGCUGACCUUGUUGGGUCUGUUGCACUGCCUUUGGUGUCGUUGGGUUCUGUGGGGCACUCCUGACGUGGGUGGUGCACCCUCGGGUGGGUUUGGGCUUGGUAGCCGCCGUUUUUGCCCCAGGUUCUGUCCGUCGGGCCAGAGCUCGUGUCAGGUGCGACCGCACGGCUCGGCAGUUAGACUCCACCCCCAGGGCUGAUUGUGUUUUAUACCCAACCUCCUCUAGACUGUAAGCUCCUUUGAGCAGGGUCCUCUUCAACCUAUUGUUCCUGUAAGUUUAUGUAAUUGUCUCAUCUAUUGUUAAAUCUCCCCCUCUGAUAAUAUUGUAAAGCGCUAAGGAAUAUGCUGGCGCUAUAUAAAUACCAAUAAUAACAAUAAUAAUAAAGUGUACAAAUUUUCUGAAAUUUAACAUCGCUAUGUAGGACUCACCUAAGACAUCUACCUUGACAUGGCAGGUAAUACUUUAAUGGCCAUAAUUUGGAAUGAUACUAAAACCCUUCAGUUACUUAAAUGUGCAUAUGGAUUUGGGAUAGUGCGCAAGUAACUUAUUUAUUUAUUUUUGUUUUUUAUUAAGUGGAAAGUGUCUGCUACUGAAUGUUUGUGUCGGCAUGGCCUGGUAAUGUGCCGUGGGCAGCCGUUCUCCAUGCAGAGAGGGUUGGAGCUCUGUAAUUAGAACAAUGACGGAUAAUUACACAGGACGCACUUUAGGGAAUCGAAGCUGAUAAUUACAGUAUACUGAUUCCUAUUAUAUCGCAGUAUUCAAAGGACUCCUACACACUCGCCAUUAACUCUAAGCUUGCUAAGAAAAGGUUUGAAGGUGUAACAGCUCAGUUAGUUAGUCCGUAUCAUUGACGUAGGUAAUACCAAACUCUAUUAUGCUGCUGCCUACAUGGUUAAAAUUGAAACGUAUAUUCUAAAGUGUAGAAGAGCCUUAUAUGUAAAAUCUAGUAUCAGUGAAAGGAUACACAUUGUAACCAGAUUGUGCCUACACCUGCUAUCAGGUGAAGUGUUGGUUUCUGUAUUUUUGUUGUGUUUUUUUAUUUUUAUUUUUUUUCUGAUGAUUAAAACAGCAGCAUUGAUGGUACCAAACACACCAUAGCUACAGUGCAUUUUCAUAUCGUGUGCAUUUUGUGUGUUCUGUGAAAGUGGCGAGAAGUUCCUGAAAUCCUAGUGUUACCUGAGACAACAUUGUUUAUUGCUAAAUAUGUCCUGUGCCCCUUUAAAAAAGUCCUGUAAAUGAAAUGAUCAGAUCGUGCCAUCAGACUAUCUACAAUGUUUCUGUUUUGAUGCCAGGGCCCUGAAUGUCACGCUAGUCUUCCAAACCAAACAACAAAGAUUCCUUCGCAUUGGCUUGGCCGUGCCGCUCUUUGGGACCAUGGCAUCUCUGAGAAAGAUGGUAGCAGAUGAAGGAAAGGUGCCACCCAACCAGGUAAUAUUUUUAUCUGCCUUUCUGUGCCCACUUGAUUUUUAUGGGGAACGUUCUUGGGGAAAGAUUUAAAAAGAAGUCAGUAUUCGAUACGAUAUAUCCUGUCCCACUUUAGAGAACUCUGGGUUUUUAAUCACUGCGCUCUCUGUCUGUGUCCCCAGGUGAUCCUGGUCGAGCUAUUUUCUAGUGGUUUCCAGCGAUCCUUCUCUGAUGACGAAGAUCUGAACACUAUCGCGGAGGGUGACCCGGUCUAUGCCUUCCAGGCUCCUGUCCCUUUACCCAAAACAGGAGGCAAUUCUCGUCCCUCAGGUUGGUCCUUCUCCAUCAGCGAGAUGCGUUUUGACAUCAUAGAAAUGGAAAACGUAUUCCUAAUGCUAUAAUGUUACCCUACCCAUUUCAGUGUCCAGGAUGGUAGAUUGCAAACUGAUAGAUAUACCUCAAUCUGUUUGACAUAAUCUGCAAUCUCAGGUACCUAUAUAAUCCAACAGGUAUGAUUUGGGGAGGGGGCAGCUAAUUAAAGAAGAGUAAUCUGCGCUGCUCCAUUAUUGGAAUUUUAAUUUUUUUUAAUGCAGCCCUGGUGUAUCUGUUUUCCAAAACGCUACCCAGCGCGGUGCAUUCUUCAUAAUCAUCCACAGUAAUGGAUAAACUACCAUUCCCACAAUGCAUAGCCAGCCAUAAGGGCAUCAUAGUUAAAAAAAUAUUAACCUAUAAACUCUGAACCCAAAAAAAAAAACAUCACUGCACUAGAUGAUCUCUCUUCAUGGGGUAUAUUCGCUAAGUGGAAAAUUGAAGGUAGAUUGUAAAAUAAACCCUAACAUGACCUAUUCAAAAAUAUAUCUUCGCUAUUUUAUCUUCAAUUUUGCAAUUAUGUUUUCAGUUCGCUGUUUAAUGAGUAAACCCCCUAUGCCUCUGUGCCCCUUUUUAUUUGCUCAUACUCCCCCCCCCCCCGUUACAAUAUGUUCUUUCUCUUUAUUACCUGCGUUCUCUGUAUCACAUUGUCUCCAUCUCUGUCCCUGUUCGCUACGUCUUUUAAUGCAUACCACACGACACAGAUGCAUUUGACACAAGAGUGCAGGACCCAGUGGAGCAGUUUCAAUUUAAUUUGAAUCUGGGGAAAAUAAAUAAAUAAGCCAAACGCACGCUGACAAGCACAUUAAAAUGAGAAACAUAUCAGCACUGUGCUCCACUUGGCAAUCACCCAUCUUCAAUCUGUUUCUACUAUGGUUACCCGUGACGUCUGUUUUGCAAUUCAUCCCGGUGUGUCUUUGAUGUGCAGGUGCUUAAAGGGACAGAAACAACUGAAAAAAAUGUUUUAAUUGGUUAAUGAACAUUAACAGUCAGUAGUAAUAUUUCCUUUGUUUGUUUUGGAAUGGUAGGCAUGCUAAUUUUGGUUAUUAUAAGAACUGGUAGAUCUUGGUGAAUGCAGGCAUUGCAUGUACAUUUCUCCAUCAGCUGAUCUACAAGUGCCAUCAGCUAUCUAGGUACAAAGUAGUAUAACAAGGAUGGGCACAUUUAUUCAUGCUUAAUGCAAAAUCUAAAUUUAAUGGAACACUAUAGGGUCAGGAACAUAAACAUGUAUUCCUGACCUUAUAGUAUUAAAAACACUAUCUAGCCCCAUCUCAAUAUAGUCAAAUCUUACCAUUGUGCAUUUCUGCUGCUGCUGUCUCUGCUCCUGAUCUGCCUGAUUGGCUGACAUAAUCAGAAGUGAUUAUCUGAGCCAAUCACAAUGCUUUCCUAUAGGACUGUCAAGGAGGCAGAUCAGGGGCAGAGCCAGCACAAGUCAAACACAGCCCUGGCCAAUCAACAGCUCCUCAUAGAGAUGUAUUGAAUUAAUGCAUCUCUAUGAGGAAAGUUUAGUGUCUGCUUGCAGAGGCAGGGCCGGCCUUAGGGGUGUGCGAGCUGUGCGGCUGCACAGGGCGCCAUGGAGCAGGGGGCGCCGUGUGGCCAACACAGCUCACACGUGGCAGGCCGGAAUUUAAAAAUAAAAAAAUUUGUGGCAGGGUGCGGAGCUUCCCGUGCGGUGGGGGCGGAGCUUCUGUGUGACAUGGGCGGAGCUAAAGGUGCUGGAUAACUGCUGCAGGGGAAGCAGGAAGGAGUCCCUGCUUCCCCAACAAACAGUCUCCAGGAGCUGGCUCAAAACUCUAAGAUCCUCAUUCACUGCGUGUCUGCCUCCACAAUGAACAGAGGUAUCUAUGUGUGAUUGUCAGUGUGAGUGUGACUGUGUGUGUGUGUCUGUCUGCCUGUGUCUGUGUGACUGUGUGUGUGUGUGACUGCCUCUGUGUGUGUGACUGUCUGUCUGUGUGUGUGUGUGUGUGUAUGACUGUCUGCCUGUGUGUGCAUGACUGUGUGUGUGUAUGACUGUCUGCCUGUGUGUGCAUGACUGUGUGUGUGUAUGACUGUCUGCCUGUGUGUGCAUGACUGUGUGUGUGUGUGUAUGACUGUCUGCCUGUGUGUGUGUCUGUGUGUGUGUCUGUGUGUGUGUGUAUAUGACUGCCUGUGUGUGUGUGUGUAUGACUGCCUGUGUGUGUGUGACUGUGUGUAUGACUGCCUGUGUUUGUGUGUGUCUGUGACUGUCUGCCUGUGUGUGUGCAUGACUGUCUGCAUAUAAGUAUGUGUGUGCAGCACUGUGUGUGUGUGUGUGUGUGUGUAAAACUGUGUGUGUGGCUGUCUGCCUGUAUGUGUGUGUGUGUGGCUGUCUGCCUGUAAUUGUGUGUGUGUUUAUCUACCUGUAACUAUAUGUGUGUUACUGCCUGUACCUGUGUGUUUUUGCCUAAUCCUGUGGAUGUGACUAGCUGCCUGCGACUAUGUGCAUGUGAUGGAUUUGAUAGUGUAUACGUAUAGCUGUGUGCAUCUGACUGUGGGACUGUGUGCACAUAAAAAAAUAUACACCUGCAUUCACACACAGGCCUAAAUGCAUGUUUUUAUCUCAAUUAAAUAACCAUCACACACACAGACAAUAAACCCAGCACAAAUAUCACAUACAACUAAUACACGCAUAUCACACACUGUUAAUACACCCAUUACAAGUAUCACACACAUUCAACACAACUAUCACAUACACAGACAACACAAACAUUACACAAACAAUACACGCAUAUCACACACUGUUAAUACACCCAUUACAAGUAUCACACACAUUCAACACAACUAUCACAUACACAGACAACACAAACAUUACAUCAUACAUGGAUGAGGGGGUGUGGGGGUGCUGUGAAGAGGAGACACUGAAUGGCAGUGCUGCUCACUGUGCAGCACUGCCCCAGGAAGCACCUCUAGCAGCCAUAUGAGGAGUGGCCAGUGGAGUUAUCACUAGGCUGUAAUGUAAAUGUUUUCUCUGAAAAUACAGUGUUUGCUGCAAAAAGCCUCAAGGGAAUAAUUAUACUCACCAGAACAAAAACAAUAAACUAUAGUUGUUCUUGUGACUAUAGUGUCCCUUUUAAAUUUGUAUAGUCCCUGUCUAAUUGAUGCAGUAAUGGAACUACUGCAGGUGCAGUGGCACUGGAGCCCAGCAGAGUUUAGAGGCCCUUUCUUGGUGAACCAUCUCACCCGUAAAAUGAAAGUGUCUCUCUUUGUCCAUUAGAAAUGUUGAGAAGUAUGCCGCAGCUUUUGUAGAAUUAAAGGUAGAAGGUUUUCCUAUUAAAGUCCCAAAUGAGCCAUCAGUGGCUCUAUCAAAAUCGUUAGAACUGCAUCCUUAGAAGGUGUUAUUUAUUUUUCUUUCUCUCCAUAGGGUAUCCCCAAAGCCUCCCAUCCUCCCCACGUUACCCCGAUGCAGGAGCACAGAAAUUACCUGGAGGGGGUUCUGUUUCUUCUGAGUUCCUGGGUCAAAACUCUAAGAUCCUCAUUCUCUUGUGCAACACAGAGAGAGCCAGUCAACAGACAGACAGGUAAUUUGCACGUGUCUGACCCAUUGUCAAACGAUAUAAGAGAACUCAAUAUAAUGCUAGCUGGUUAAUAUUGAGACAGUCUUGUUGAUGCCAAAUUCACAGAUCUCUUUUUCUUUAAUUGUUUAGCUUUAAUAGGUUUGGGCCGCCCUUGCUAAUGAAAGAGGAAAGGACCAUGUCCUGGGACCAGCUGCAGCAAGGGAUUCUGGGCAAGAUUCAUUACUUAAUGAAGAAUGAUGCACAAACCAUGGUAUUUAUUUACCAAUACCUAACUAAUCAUCAUUAUAUGAGGGACCCAUUGAGGAUAUUACAUUUUCCUGAUACUAUUGCACUUGUAACUACCAUUACCAUUACCAAGUUACCAUUAACCAAGAACAUUCUGUGAGUAGAGAACUACCUGAUCAUGUAGCCAAACCGGGUAUCACAUUACCCGAGAACAUACACACACUGGAUAUUAUAUAAUCUGAAAACCAACACACUCUGGACAUUAUGUAACUCAAGAACAAACACAUACUGGACAUUGCAUAGCCUGAAAACCAACACACUGGACAUUGCGUUGCCUAAAAAUGCACACACUAGACAUCACAGAGCUCUAGAACCGACACACAAGACAUUGCAUACCCUGAAAACCAACACACACUGGAUAUCAUGUAGUUGGAGAACCAAUACACACUGGAAAUCACAUAGGCUGAAAACUAACACAAACUGGACAUUAUGUAGCCAGAGAAAUAACACACACUGGACAUUAUGCAGCCUAGGAGCCAACACACACUGGACAUCGCAUAGCCCUAGAACCAACACAAACUGGAUAUUACGUAGCUUGAAAACAAUGCACCCUAUACAUUACAUAGCCUGAGAACCAACACACAGUGGACUUCACAUAGCCUGAGAACCAACACACAGUGGACUUCACAUAGCCUGAGAACCAGCACACACUUUGUAUCAUACAGACUGAGAACCAACACACACUUUGUAUCAUAUAGACUGAGAACCAACACACACUUUGUAUCAUAUAGACUGAGAACCAACACACACUUUGUAUCAUAUAGACCGAGAACCAGCACACACUUUGUAUCAUAUAGACUGAGAACCAGCACACACUUUGUAUCAUAUAGACUGAGAACCAGCACACACUUUGUAUCAUAUAGACUGAGAACCAGCACACACUGUGUAUCAUAUAGACUGAGAACCGGCACACACUUUGUAUCAUAUAGACUGAGAACCAACACACACUUUGUGUCAUAUAGACUGAGAACCGGCACACACUUUGUAUCAUAUAGACUGAGAACCAGCACACACUGUGUAUCAUAUAGACUGAGAACCAACACACACUGUGUGUCAUAUAGACUGAGAACCAACACACACUUUGUAUCAUAUAGACUGAGAACCAACACACACUGUGUAUCAUAUAGACUGAGAACCAACACACACUGUGUAUCAUAUAGACUGAGAACCAACACACACUGUGUAUCAUAUAGACUGAGAACCAACACACACUUUGUAUCAUAUAGACUGAGAACCAACACACACUGUGUAUCAUAUAGACUGAGAACCAACACACACUGUGUAUCAUAUAGACUGAGAACCAACACACACUUUGUAUCAUAUAGACUGAGAACCAACACACACUUUGUAUCAUAUAGACUGAGAACCAACACACACUGUGUAUCAUAUAGACUGAGAACCAACACACACUUUGUAUCAUAUAGACUGAGAACCAACACACACUGUGUAUCAUAUAGACUGAGAACCAACACACACUUUGUAUCAUAUAGACUGAGAACCAACACACACUGUGUAUCAUAUAGACUGAGAACCAGCACACACUUUGUGUCAUAUAGACCGAGAACCAGCACACACUUUGUAUCAUAUAGACCGAGAACCAACACACACUUUGUGUCAUAUAGACUGAGAACCAACACACACUUUGUGUCAUAUAGACUGAGAACCAACACACACUGUGUAUCAUAUAGACUGAGAACCAGCACACACUGUGUAUCAUAUAGACUGAGAACCAGCACACACUUUGUAUCAUACAGACUGAGAACCAACACACACUUUGUAUCAUACAGACUGAGAGCCAACACACACUUUGUAUCAUAUAGACCGAGAACCAGCACACACUUUGUAUCAUAUAGACUGAGAACCAACACACACUUUGUAUCAUAUAGACUGAGAACCAGCACACACUUUGCAUCAUAUAGACUGAGAACCAGCACACACUGUGUAUCAUAUAGACUGAGAACCAGCACACACUUUGCAUCAUAUAGACUGAGAACCAGCACACACUUUGUAUCAUAUAGACUGAGAACCAGCACACACUUUGUGUCAUAUAGACUGAGAACCAGCACACACUUUGUGUCAUAUAGACUGAGAACCAGCACACACUUUGUAUCAUAUAGACUGAGAACCAGCACACACUUUGUAUCAUAUAGACUGAGAACCAACACACACUUUGUAUCAUAUAGACUGAGAACCAGCACACACUUUGCAUCAUAUAGACUGAGAACCAGCACACACUUUGUAUCAUAUAGACUGAGAACCAGCACACACUUUGUAUCAUAUAGACUGAGAACCAGCACACACUUUGUAUCAUAUAGACUGAGAACCAGCACACACUUUGUGUCAUAUAGACUGAGAACCAGCACACACUUUGUAUCAUAUAGACUGAGAACCAGCACACACUUUGCAUCAUAUAGACUGAGAACCAGCACACACUGUGUAUCAUAUAGACUGAGAACCAGCACACACUUUGUAUCAUAUAGACUGAGAACCAACACACACUGUGUAUCAUAUAGACUGAGAACCAGCACACACUUUGUGUCAUAUAGACUGAGAACCAGCACACACUUUGUAUCAUAUAGACUGAGAACCAGCACACACUUUGUAUCAUAUAGACUGAGAACCAACACACACUUUGUAUCAUAUAGACUGAGAACCAGCACACACUUUGUGUCAUAUAGACUGAGAACCAGCACACACUUUGUAUCAUAUAGACUGAGAACCAGCACACACUUUGUAUCAUAUAGACUGAGAACCAACACACAGUGGGUAUUAUUUAGCCUGAGAACUAGAUGGACAUUAUUAAGCAAAACCUGCAUUUCUGUGUGGAAAAAACAUAAAUCGAAAUCUAGAUCACAGCUUUAAUUCUAAAUAUUGUUAGCUUAAAGGUGUGAUUAGAAGAGAGCCAUUACCUUGAGCUUAAUCUGGAGAUUUCCAGUGUACUGAUUAAUUUAAUCAUUCAAGGUUUAUUAAAGACUUUCACACUGUAAUUCAUUUAGAAAGAAAGACUUUCACUAUACGGAAGCUGGUAACAGAAUUAACCUUUUCAGGAUCAGUGUGUUUUAAUGCUAAUUCACAUGAUUUCUUGUUUGUUUGUUUGUAUGUAUGUAUGUAUGUAUGUUUGUUUGUAGGUUUGUGUUUCUUGUCAAUGGGUUAAAUAAACAGAUAGGGUAGAGUUAAAUGGAUGGGAGGACAAAGUGAAUAUUUAGCAAUAUUUGCCAAUCCAUGUUGCUAGCAGAACGCCUUGGGAAUAUUACCAAUAAUUUACAAAUAUUUUAAGGAUACACUGUGACGUUAUUUUGUACCCAGUUCUGUAUGUUAUUACCUAACUUCAUAAUAUUCAUUUUAUUGAUCUUGGAAAGAUGACAAACCGAGGUGAUGCAAACAGGAAGAAAACGGUCAACCCCAAUAAUUAGCCUUUAUUGUUUUAGCCAAAUGAGCUAUUUUACCAAGUACGUGUUGUUCCAAAUAGGUGCUGCAGACUCUGUACAAAUAUUGUGAGAAUAUAUGAUGGAAGAUGGAAUUAUGGGAAGUUAAUAUAGCUGGGCUGGGCUGGGCGAUGCAAUGUUACAGCUAUGACAUUCUAUGGUAAUGUGGGCAGACUGUGCUAUGCAGAGUUUAUCUGGUCUCUGAUUGCUAGGGAGAUGAAAUCACUUUGUACUCCUACAGUCAUAUCCUCUGAACCAAGUGUAUGAGGAAGCAAAGCAAAUCCUUAGUAUAAAUAACUCGGAAGGGAGAAGGGAGAGGAGGAGAUUAUAACAUGUAUCAGACUGAGAUCCCUUAGUGUGUAUAGCUUGGAAGAGAGAUAUGAUCAAAUAUGUAAGCCCUAAAUGUGUAUAAGCUGAAGAGGAGAAGGGCAUGUAGAAUAUAAUAAAAUGUAUCACACUGAAAGCACUAAAUAUGUAUAAGCUGAAGAGCACAUAGAGUAUAAUAAAAUGUAUUCGGCUGAAAGCACUAAAUAUGUUGUGACAAACUCCUUUCCGAGUGAGUUUGCCACAAGCUCCUGGAGGAGCUUGCUUGCCAGCCUCCUGCCCACAGACUAUGUACCCUGUAAUAUGUAAUGUAAAAGUCUCAGUUCGUGUAUUUGGACUAUAUGGUUCGGGAACCGAACAGCCACACGAACCGGAGACCACCCUGGAGCUUGUUAAGCCUAAUUGCUACUUUGUAGCAAUUUCCACCGCAGUGUUCUAAGUGUUUGUCUGGGUGACCGCAUUUCCUAUGGAUGACCAUGAGGUGGCAGCCAUCUUGUUCGCAUGAACACAGGCAGCGGUGUUUGGUCGUCUGGUUCAUGGAACUUUUUUCGGACACUGAAACGCCUGAACACCACUGGACUUCCAUGAUCACCUGUGUUCGGUUCUACAACACUUAGAAAGACACUGUUCGGUGGAAACGUUCCCACGAACAAGGGAAACAAGCUCCAUGGUAAGAAUAUUGACUAUGUUCAGUAGUUUGUUCGGUUUUUAAACUACCAAACUAGACCGACCGCAAGCCCUGAUUCUCUGGAACUGUUUUGGGCAUGGGACCAUGCGUGCGUUCGGUCAAAUUAUGACUUCCAUGAAAUCCCUGAACCCCUGAAUCGUAACUUUUGUUGGGUUUUAUGUAUUUUUAACGUACUUUUGGGGUGUUUGGGAAACGUGUGUUUUUUGUGCCUGGAGAUAAUUGAGUUUUAUACAGUGCUUGACUCAAUUAUCUCCCAGGCACAGAGGAGGGAUUAUCUUGUUUUGUAUGGGAGUGUCCUGGACCUGAGACAUGGCACUCCUCCCUGGACCUGAGAGUAGACUACAGUAAAAACAUAUACAUGAUUACAUUGGCUUUCAGGUCCAGGACACUCUCAUACAAAAUACGUCAAUUCCUCCCCUAUGUCUGGGAGAUAAUUGAGUCAGCACUGUAUUAAUCUCAAUUAUCUACAGGCACAGAAAACAUACAUUUUUACAAAACCCCAAAAUUACAUUUAAACACACAAAAUCCCCACAGUUUCUUUCCCUGAGAGCCCCGAUCUCGGUGACCAACAUAUCCAAAAAUCAUCCAGAUCGGUUCAGGGAUUCAGGAAUUUCCUGGAAGUCAUAAUUUGACUGACCGCACGCAUGGUCCUAUGCCCAAAAUAGUUCCACAGUUUCAGAGGAAGCAGUCGGUCCAUUUUGGGUAGACUAAAAAACCCCAAACUAUUCCCCUGGCUCAUAGGUAGUGUUUGUUCCCCUAAUUUGUGGGAAUAAACCUACCGAAUAGCGCUCUCCUGGCUGGUCGGUGAAAAGAAGCAGGUGUUCGCGAAGUUGACCAACGUUCUGGAAGUCGAGUGUCCGAUUUUAGUUCCAGACACUCAACGACCAAGUCUCGCUGCCUCUUUUCAUGCGAAGAAGAUGGCCACCAUUUUCUCCAACACAUGGUGUUCGACCAUAUGAACGGUGGCCACACAGGGAGAGCACUUAAGCAUGCAGUUUCCUUUGUAGUUAAUGUGCCGGGGGGGUGGUUGGUGUUCCGUAAUUUUAUUUACCGAACGAGAAAAAUCAAAUUUAACAAACCAGGGUAGUUUUUUUUACACCUACCAUUUCCCAGCAGCCAGUGUUUGCGAUGAGAACUACAAGAGUGUUGGGUAUGUUUAUCUUCCUAACGGCUCACUGUUUAGAAAUUUCAGCUACAACCACGAGAAAUCAAUAAGAAACCAAAAGUAAGGUUGGGACUAAAAAUCUGUUUAAAAAAAAAAAAAAAAAAUAUCUGAUUUUUUAAAAAGCAAUAGAAAAGUAAUAACACAAUAUACAGUAAAAAUGUUCAAAUACUAGUAGUAACAAAUCUUAAAAUAAAAAGUACAAACUUUGAGGUAUCGUUGGUAAUGUAGAAGUAACAAAAUCAGGAUUGGCUAAAAAUCCGUACCCACAUUAAAAGAGAAACAGAGAAAACUCUAGUGGUGCAGUGUUUCACAACAAAAUCAUAAUAAAUACUGUGCAGGUCUUUGUGGUCUAACUCACAUUUGGUAGAGCUAACACAAGCUUUAGUAUGAUUCACCUUCACUGGUUUUGAUCCCACUGGUAGGAUAUUGAUGAGAAUACAUUCAGCAAAAAAAAAUAAAGAACAAUAGUUUCUCUGUAUAAUACCAAAUAAAAGUAUUUAAAAGGUAUUGUACUCACAUUUAUUUGAGCAGGGCAAACUGCUCAAUGUAUAUGGUGUAGGUGCUGUAAUUCCCACUUAGGAUUUAUAGUGAGGUCCUCUCUGGAACUGUAGACAGGAAGCCAGGUAGACAGAAUUUAAAAAAAAAAUGUAUAUGGCACUAAAAUUAAAUUAAGUAUUAAAUUAAGUAUUCAACUGCCAGAACUCGAGAUGUUGUGGACUACAUCUCCCCCGAUGCUUUGCCAGCAUGGCUGUAAAGAGCAUUAUGGAGUGCACAACAACCGGAAUGACAAAUGUUGCCAACACCUGUUCUAUGUUUACAUAUAAUGCAGCAGGGAGCAAUAUUAUGAUUUUGAGAUAACAUAGUAAAGUCUCGGCAAUAUCAGACCAGGCCUCAUCUACUAACUGAUUUCUCGCUAUCCUCUCUCAGCAGAGCGGAUCAGCCCUUUUCCGUAUUCGAGUAGUAGGAGGACCAGCUAAUAGCAGUUACCUCUCUCCAAAAGAUGCACGACCUCUACUACACCCGGCAGUUGAUCGGUGAGUUGUUCUAUUGAGAAUCUCUGCCUAACAAGAGUAUGUGCCAGACAUUAUGGUUCCCACAAUAUAAGAGACUUCUUCACAAAUGUCAUUGUCUGUGAGUGGCAUUCCUUUGUCCCCCUCUUUUCAUUAUCUGUCUGGUCUUUUAAUUUAUUUAGUUUGUUUGUGUUUGUACUAGCAUCACAGUAAUUACAUUUUACAGUAUCGUUGUGUUUAUCUGUAUAUCACAAAGCUCCACAACAAUAAAACUCACAAAAAAGUAAGUGUGUUUGAGUGUAUCACAGAGCUCUGCAGCAAUAAACCUUACAUUUGCGUGCAUUGCGUAUAAAUGUGUCACAGAGUUUUAAUAAUGCAUGUAUACAUUAUGAGUUUGAGUUGAAUGCUCUUAAGCCCUUCUCUACCUACAACCAUCAUACAACGUACUAGAAUGGAUACUUUGUGUAUUUCUAACAUUACUGUUUGUUUAUGACAGGGCUCUGCAGAUGAGUGGGGCCGGUGGACCUCCCCAUAUAAAGUUGGCAAUAGAAUGGGACUCCAAAACCAAAGAGCGGUGAGUAUGAUUAUCCUCCUGUAUAAGUCCCUCCUAAAAUGGAAUUCACAUCUCUAUCAGAAUGUUAUAUCAUAUAAAUGGAUGUUUGGACACACCAUUACAAACCUCUUCAUAUAUAAUAUAGUCAUCCCCCCACUUCCUGAAAGAAGAGGUCCAAUGGGCUCCUUACAAUAUACACUGACCAGCCACAACAUUAAAAUCACUGACAGGUGAAGUGAAUAACAUCAACUAUAUUGUUAUAAUGGCACCUUUUAAUGGAUGGGAUAUAUUGGGCAGCAAGUGAACAGCUUGAAUUUCAUGGGUUUUAAGCAGGAAAAUGGGCAAGCAAAAAGAUAUGAGGGACUUUGACAAGGGCCAAAUAGUGAUGGCUUAACAACUGAGUCAGAGUAUCUUCAAAAUGCCAAGUGUUGUGGGCUGUUCCCAGGUAUGCAGUAAAGGCCAGUGCAAAAAUUUUGGCUACACUGGUAGUCUCUUCUCCCCAGUCAUUUUGUAUGUCUCUUACUUUCCUCCAGCCACUUUGUGUGUCCUUUACUCCCACGCAUCUUUGUGUGCAGCCCUUUUUUGUGUAUCAGUGUUUUUCUUCCCCAGCCCCUCUCUGUAUGUCAUUGUUUCCUUCCCCAAUUCCUGUCUGUGUCCACUUCCCCAGCCCUGAUGUGUGUUUCAAUGUCCACUUUCCCAGCCCCUCUGUGUCAGUCAUUGUCCACUUCCCCAGCCCUUCUGUGUGUGUCAUUGUCCAGUACUCCAAUCCCUCAGUGUGUCUCUUGGUACCCUUUGCCAGCCCUUCUGUGCAUAUCAUGUCCCCUUCCCCAGCCCUCCAGUGUGUGUCAUUAUGCCCUUCCCCAGCCCCUCUAAGUGCCUCUGUGUCCCCUUCCCCAACCUCUCUGUAUGUGUCUGUUUCCCCUUCCCCAGCCGCUGGGUGUAUGUCAUUGUCUCCUUCCCCAGUCCCUCUGUGUGUCAUUGUCCCCUUUCCCAGGCCCUUUUUUUGUAUCUCUCCUUUUCCCUACACCUCUCUCCCCAUUUGCGUGCCUGCUUACCUCCCUUCUGUGGAGUGGCCAAGCGAAUCGUGGUAGAGGAACUUCUGCCUCCUCUACCUGGUCUGACAGGAAGAAGUUCAUUGCUGUUAGUGGACACUUCCUGUCAGACCGGGUAGAGGAUACAAAAGAUUCUCUGUCAUGGUCUGCUCUAGCACGCUGUGAGCCUGGAUAUUGCUCCCCCAGAGCCGUUGUGCCCUAAGGCGGCCACUUGUGCCGCCUUAUGUUUGCACCAGCCCUGUAUGCAGUGGUUAGUGCCUACCAAAAUUAGUGCAAGGAAGGACAACUGGUGAAACCUAAAAAACACAAAUAUAACAUAGUGUGAUAUUGUUUUAAAAAGCCGACAAACGCUAAUUAUCAGUUGCAAUCACAAAAAUCAGAGGAUAAAAGCGCCUUAUGGGUCCUUUGGAUUUCUCUCCGGACUGGUCUUUAGAAUCACCAAAACGAUUUUCCAGAGGUUAUUCCAAAAAAAGGAUAUUUAUUGAACAAGAUAAAAAUAAUUACACAAUAGUGUUUAUAAAUGUAAUGGUCCUGUCCAUGCUCCCUGUCAGACCAGUUCCUGUCAGACUGUUCCAAGUAACGACUUAGAUAGUUGGUGUGCGCAGGUCCCUUAAUAAUGCAUGACAAGAUGUGAAUGGAUGCGCAGAUCCCAAUUAGCUAAUAUAUAUGGAAAGCCAACAAACAUAUUAACUGGUUUAGAAAGCUGCAGGUGGUGCCUAGAUCGGUCUGUAGAGCACCAUUGAGCGUCCGACACAGAGUGGGGAGGGGAGAGGGAGGGAGGAAGGGGGUUUUAGGGUAGUGGGGGAGAGGAAAUCUGCAGACUCCACCGUGAGGUUCCACGGUGCGUCCAGAUUGCCAUAUAUGCCUGAGUUCCACUAGCAUGGUGAGUUCCUCCAUAGUGCAUAGCUCUUCCAUGCGCCGAAAUCAGGUGGCCAUCGGGGGCUACUUUGAGAAUUCUUAUAGUGAGUGAUUUCUUGUAGAUUGAUGUGCGAAGUUUGGUAUGGUGUAAAAGUAAUGUGGCAGGAUGCAAAGGUGGUGUUCAUCUGAGAAUUUCUGUAGUAUUUUGUGGAUAGUGGCCCAGUAUGGUCUGAAUAGGUGGCAGUCACACCAUAUAUGCAGUAGCGAGCCUGUGGCCUACUUACAUCUCCAGCAGCGGUCCGUGACCAAGGGUUCUAUAGCGUGUAGUAGUAGGGGUGUCCUAUACCAGUGAACUAGCAGCUUCUACGACAUUUCUUGUGUCCCACUGUAUAGUGCACAAUACAGUGUCAGGGUGCAGAUUUAGGACCACUGUGUGGGUGUGAUUUCAAGGGUGAUUCCCCGUGUAGCUUGGGGCAGAUAGUCUCCUGCGUCUCAUAAGGAAUUGGGAGAGAAGUGAGAAUCCCCUCUCCAUGGGCUCACGGUCCAUACACAGUGCCUCGAAGUCUGUGGUUUCCCUUGAAACCAAGUGUGUCUGCGUUAUUGAGGUGUGCUAGUUGUCUGUAUCUAAAGUGGUGCUUGAAGUUUACUGUGGUGGGGUUUGGGAGGUCUGUCAGGGGCUUGAUGAUACUGUCUUGUGUCGCAUGUCUUAGUUCGGGGAGGUUGUGUCCUAGUAGUGAUUGAAAUACUCACGCAUCCAGUCCUGGAGGAAUUGCUGUGUUGUGUACUAUUGGGUACAGUGGGGAGGGGAAGGAGGUGAGCUCCAAUUUGGUCGCCAGAAGGUGCCAGACAUGUGUCGUGGCUUUGAUUAGUGGGUGCGGGGCUGCUGUUCUCACGCAGUGUAGUGAGUCCAGCCAAGGGAGGACUUCUACUGGUCAUCCCAAUAGCGCUGUUUCUACAGUGUUCCAGAGUUUGGAAGCUCCCUGUUUGGCCCACUAUCUUAUUCUGUGGACGUGUGUCACCAGGUAGUAUUGUUUAAAGUCCAGUAGGGCUAGUCCACCCUCUGCCUUUGGACUUGUAACAGUGUCUCUGGCUAAAUCUGGCUUUAGUUUUGCGCCCAAAAAAUUUAAGCACCAAUGUGCGUAGGGAAGUGUAGAAGGGCUUGUGUCUUACUGUGUUCAGGAAGGGUUCAAGGGCAAGGAUGAAGAGCAGAGGUGAAAGGGGGCAUACCUGCCAUGUGCCAUUUAAGAUCAUGAAGGGUUCCCCAAUUACCCAUAUUCUGGCCCUAGGGGUCGUGUAUAGUUCCUUUAUCCAGCUUUGCAUGUACGGGCCCAUCCUCAGAGACCUCAGGACCACAAACAGUUCCAAUUGACUCUGUUGAAGGCCUUCUCCGCGUUCAUAGAGAGCAGAAGAAGGCCCUCCCACUAGUGGAUGAGGGACAGCGCACGGAUCGUAUUGUCCCACUCUUCUCAUUUUGGAACGAACCCCGCCUGGUCUUGGUGUACCAGGUCGGGAGGGAAUCGUUAAAGGCAUGUGGAUAAAAUUUUUGUGAACAAUUUGAGGUCACAAUUUAGUAGGGAUAUUGGCCUGUAAUUGGCACACUGCUCUGCGUCCCUGCCCUCUUUGGGAAUCAUGGUGAUGUUGGCUGCCAGCGCGUCUGUGGGUAUCUCAUGGUGGUCUCUAAUGGAAUUCUAGGCUUUGAGGAGAUGGGGGAGAAGCAGGUCUGUGAAUUGUUGCCUGGUCUAAUUAGUCACAUUUUCUUUUAGAUCAGGUGGAUGGCCGGGUGCAUGUGCAUUGCUUACUUGGGGAAGAGAUGGCAGUAGGAUGUACUAUGAGAAUAAUGCAGGCUGGGCAGUGUUAUACUCUGGGCAAUGUUUGGCUGGGAAACAUUGGGUCCUAGUAUUCACGCAGAUGUUGCUUUGACACGUACCACCUAUCUAGAGAUUGUUGCAGAUCACAUACACCCUUUCAUGGCAAUGGUGUUUCCUGAUGACAGUGGGCUCUUUCAGCAGGAUAAUGCACCCUGCCACACUGCAAAAAUUGUUCAGGCCUGGUUUGAGGAAGGUGUUGACUUGGCCUCCAAAUUCCUCAGAUUUUAAUCUGAUUGGGCAUCUGUGGGAUGUGCUGGAGGAAGAAAUCCGAUCCAUGUAGGCCUUAAAGGAUCUGCUGCUAAUGUCUUGGUGCCAGAUACCACAGGACAUGUUCAGAGGUCUUGUGGAGUCCAUGCCUCAAUGCAUCAGAGCUGUUUUGUCAGCACGGGGGGAACCUACACGAUAUUAGGCAGGUAGUUUUUAUGUUGCGACUGAUAAUUGUAAAGUCCCUCUAAUGCUACCCUAGGAUAUUUUAAAUAUCCCCAUAAGCAGUGUGAAAUACAAAUAACUUCAGCUGCAUUAAACCACUUGGAGUCAUUGGUUUAGUCUGGGUCAACAAGAAAAUAAUGGAGUUAAGGAGUAUCACAAGGAACAUAAGGAAAUGUUUUUAUCUUCUCACUGAAUGUUCCUCUUAAUACCUGCAGGUUGUUUGGUCCUAUCCAGGAGGAAGUUGUUCAAGAUGCAGAGUCUGUAAGAUCCCAACAAUUGGACCACCAGCAGCAGAGCUGCACCCUGGAUGAGUGCUUUCAGCUGUACACCAAGGAGGAGCAGGUACCUAAUGUCACCAGUGUUCCUCUAAAAUAUCUAUCAAAUGCAGUGGCGUCACUAGGGUUAGUGUCACCCAGUGCUUCCUGUUUGUUGAUUUUUGUGAGCAGAGUUACAAACAGCCUCCAGAGAGCCUGUUCUACACCUGACCAGUAGAGAUGUCGCGAACUGUUCGCGAACUUCCCGCGAACGGCUCGCCACGGUUCGCCACGAACCGUUCGCGGCGAGCUCUGGUCAACUGACACAUCCCAGCCAAUCUCCAGCCUUCAACAUGGAUGCUGUCCAGGAGGUGGGAGGGUCUGGGAGGGAGGGUCUGCUGGAGAUUGGCCGGGAUGUGUCAGCUGACCGGAGCUUGCCGCGAACGGUUCGUGGUGAACCGUGGCGAGCCGUUCGCGGGAAGUUCGCGAACAGUUCGCAACAUCUCUACUGGUCAGGUGUAGAACAGGCUCUCUGGAGGCUGUUUGUAACUCUGCUCACAAAAAUCAACAAACAGGAAGCCUCUCCAUUUUUUGAGGCCCCUUACACAGCUCAAGGUCUGGGCCCCCAGGGCCUGACCGUGAAUAUGCCUACAAGGCCCGCCAAUAGGUCCACCUACAUGGCCCACACCUGAGUUCGCUCACAGGGAGUGGAGUGUGUGUGUAGGGGAUGUGUUAUGUGUUAUUGUAGAGGAUCUAAUGUGUGUGUGUGUUCUUAUGGAAUGUAGUGUAUAGGAAUACCAGUUUGUGUGCGGGAUGUAGUGUGUGUGUGUGUAUAGGGGAUGCAGUGUGUUUGUGUGUAAGGUAUAGAAAGCAGUGUGUGUUUGUGUAUAAGGAAUGCAUUACGUGUUUCUGUGUGUGUAAGUGAUGAAUUGUGUGAAUCUGUGUUUGUAUGUGUAAGGGAUGCAAGGUGUGUUUCUGUGUAUGUAAGGGGUCCAUUGAGUGUGUGUAAGGUGCAUUGUGUUUAUGUGUGUGUAAGAGAAGCAGUGUGUGGUUGUGUGUGUGCGUAAGGGAUGCAUUGUGUGUAAGGAUGAGUGUGUAAGGGAAGCAUGGUGUGUUUCUGUGUGUGUGUGAGUAGGAAUCACUGUAUGUUUCCGUGUGCGUGUAAGGAUACAUUGUGUGUUUCUGUGUAUGUGUAAGGAUGCAUUAUGUUUGUGUGUAGUGUGAAAGAGAGGGUUUGUGGUCCUUCUGUGUGUCUUUCCCCUCCCACCCCCAGGCCUCUCUGUGCGUCUCCCUCCUGAGCCCCUCUGUGUAUCCCUUAGUAGACUUCCCUCCCCUCCUGUCCCUUAGUGCUCUCCCUGGCCCCCUUUCCCUUAGAGUUCUCACCCCUCCCUUGUCCCUUAGUGGUCUCUCCUCUCCCCCCCAUUCCCCUGGUGGUCUCUCUUUCCUCUCCCCCCCUCCCAUGGUAGUCUCUUCUCUCUCCCCCCUCCCCUGGUGGUAUCUCCCCUCUCCCCCCCUGGUGGUAUCUCCUCUCCCCCCCUCCCCUGGUGGUAUCACCCCUUCCCUUGUCUGCCUCCUACCUACCUGUGUACCUCCCUGUGUAGCGUGGACCGUGGUACACGAGCUUCUGUUUCCUGUACCUGGCCGGACUGACAGGAAGUGCUCACUGAGAGAGCACUUCCUGUAAGUCUGGCCGGGUACAGGAAGCUCCGGUACCGUGGUCCGCACCGCCUAGCCACGCUACUCAGGAGUGACUGGCAGAGGGGCGCUUCCCUCCUGCCGGGUCACUCGUAUCCUGCGCUCCAGAGCCGGUGCGCUCUGAAGGACGUGCCAGCCCUGGUGUCAGCCCCCCUUGAUGCAUACCCUGGUUCGGUCCGCACCCCCUGCAACCCCUUUGUUACUGAUCAAAUACAGUUUACUAAAGGAAAACACAUAAUGAAGGAGGGUCUAGUAAUUGUAGCAGGUGGCAGCAUAAGCAAUACCCUACAGACAAUUAAGUAUUAGGGAUCUGCUGUGUGCCAUAGAACCAGUGUGGCAAUGGAUAUUGAAAAUACAAUUACCUUAUUUAGAAUAGUGGUGGAUUACAGCAACAACCAGUGAGCUUUUUUUCCACUCCAAACUGACCUAAAACCCUCUAUCAUCAAGAGAUUUUUGUUUUUAUAAAUGUUAGAGUUUAUCAGCGUAGAUCGGCAGUUUGGGAAAUGCAGCAUUGGUAAUAUAUAACUUAGAUUGCAAACUCAUGGGCAAUGUAGCUAAAUACUUUUCAUAAAAGACCUUCAGUUUUCAGAUCUCAGCUCAUGGGCAGUGCCCUCUAUACCUUUGUAGUUGUGUGUAUAUAUAUUGUACUGUCUUUUUCCACAGUUUUGCCGUGCCAUGGAAUAUGUUGGCGUUUUAUAAUAAUAAUAGCUGUAAUUUUAACUGUUUUUUAGUUGGCACCAGAUGAUGCCUGGAGGUGCCCGCACUGUAAGGUCCUGCAGCAAGGAACUGUCAAGCUCAGCCUUUGGACCCUCCCAGACAUUCUCAUAGUCCACCUCAAGAGGUUUCGACAAGUUGGGGGCCGCAGGAACAAACUGUCCACCCUGGUCAGAUUCCCUCUCUUUGGAAUGGACAUGACGCCCCAUGCAGUAAAGAGGAGCCAGCGACAGAAGAGCAUGUUGAACCCAUGGGCAUCUUAUCAGAUGGAGAAUGGACAGCCGGGUGUAUUCUAUGAUCUAUACGCUGUGUGCAAUCACCAUGGAAGUCUACAGGGUGGGCACUACACAGGUGAGGCACUCUCAUAUUCCUAAUGAGAAACCCUUGUAUUAUUUAUAUGUGGCUACACAGGUGAGGCACUCUCAUAUUCCUAGUGAGAAACCCUUGUAUUAUUUGUAUAUGGCUACGAUUAUUCCUAGCCUAGCCUAGCCUGCCCUAAUCUCAUAAAAUUCUGUACCUUUAGGGCAGACAUCACAUGGCAGAGAGGUCAGAGAGGGUUGGAUGUACCCUUGUGAGGAAUGUACCCUUGUGAGGGAUUAUCAUAUGAUUCUAUGUCUUUAGGGUUGGCUAUACCCUGGUGAGGGAUUAUCAUAACAUACUAUGUACCCAUUUAUAGGGCUUAAUUUGUAGAUAUAAAGAAACAGAGACCGUAACAUUACAAAUUGCCAUAAACACUGACCCUGCUUAAGAGAUGUUUUCCCUCGCUGGCUGAUGUGAUUAUGGCCCGAACACUAGGAAGCAAUAAAUGGGCAUUUACCACAUUAUUGUCUUGAUCAUUAACUGCCCAUAACAAACCAUCAUCUUAUCACAUAAGGUGUAUUUAGCACCGAACACACAUGUCCCGUAAUCUCAAAUUGCCAAUUUUGAGGAAAAGGGAAUUUUCGCCUUUUUUUGCGGCUCAACUGAAAACUGAUCGGUUUAUAUUCAGUGGGGAUAUAUGAUUGAACAUAACAAACAUGGGCUAGCUUUUUAUUAAUUUAUUUUUCUUGUUUUUUUUUUUCUAGCAUACUAUGUAGCUACCUAACACAUUAACUGGUGUUUUAUUUAUUUUUUUCAUUUUAUUUCAUGGGGUUCCAUACUUCCAUGAGCUCUAGAGGAUUUCAUGAUGAGACACGUUCUUUCAGGAAAAUAUCAGGCCCUGUGUAUCAUAUUUUCACAGCUUACUGCAGGAAUUCGCUGGAUGCCCGCUGGUACAGCUACGAUGACAGUAAUGUAGACCAUGUUGAGGACGACGAUGUGUGCACCCGUGGAGCCUACCUCCUCUUUUACCAGAAGAGGAAUACAAUCCCAGCUUGGUCUGCCUGCAGCUCUGUCAGAGGUAAGUCACCUCUAUUAUUUAUACACUCAGCUACAAAUAUACACAGGCAGGACAGACACAAACACAGUUAUACAGUACAAUUAGAUCAUCACUGAGACCAUUUUCCAAUGAUCACCCUUUUUCUUUGAUGGCUGUAUGUGGCAUGAGGUGUAGUCCCAACACUCGAAGGAACCUAUCCAUCUUGCUAAAUGAGAGAUUGUUUUUUUAUUUUUUUAUUUGCAGGUUCCACUACCUCCUCCAUGUCUGAUCACUGGGCCCUCAGGCUGAACGGCAGCAAGAGAGAGAGUGUGGUUUCCCGCACUGCCACCAGCUGCUCUCCUGUGCCCCAAACACCGGACUCCCCAGUCGACCUUAAUAAGGAGACACACUCAGAGAAUGGUUGGUUACACUCUUGGUUUUUGUAACUAUUAUUUGUUGAAAUAUUCUAGACACCAUGUACUAAAGCAGUUUUAUUAGUAUGUGCAUUAUAAAUACAGAGUUGCAAGUGAAGAUAUGUCACAGAAGAACAUUUUACUCCUGAUUUGAUGAUCUAAGUGUCACCUAUCUAAGUGUCACCAUACUCGGUACAUAGAAACCAUCCCUAUGCAUUCAGGAUUAUAUAAUAAUAAUAAUACCAAGCCUGGCAUAAUUCUACCCAUUAAAUGCUCAUUUAAAUAUCAGCACACUGAUGUGGCAAGUUUCUAAGUGUAUUCUGUAGUCAAAUGUCAAAUGUACAGCAAUCACCAUGGAAACUAAUGGAAUGUUUUUUUCUUGAUUUUACACUUCAUAAAAAAACAUAAAACAAACCAGGAUAAUGAUUUCAACAUCUUCCUUCUUAUUAUUUUUCAGAUGUUGGUUCAAAGUCAUUUGUGCGUGGAGUGAAGGGACGCAGUGCAAGUAUGAAGGUGUCAUCAGCCACAAAGCUAAAACUGAGCAUCAGUAAAGCAAUGCCUCUACGAUGGUCAUUUGGAUCAAAAGACAAGUCAAAACGUGGGUCUGGUGAACUGAUAGAGUAUUUGGAAUCUGGAAGAAGACCCAAAUAUACCAAUGAAUCCAUUGUCCCACUGAUGACCAAUGCUGAAAGCAAAGCCAGAGGAACUCAGCCAAAGUCUAACCCUUCAAAAGACCCCAAUGUCAAUGGCACAACUCCAGUGAGUUCUACUGGAAGUCCGUCUUCCAAAACAGACACACUCAGGGGAAAGCCAAAGGAGAAGGUGAACCUUCAAGAAGGUACCUUGACUGGAAGAAAAGAAGGAUUUAUGCAGACAAACACCAGAGAUGCAAAAUCAUCUGGAGAUAAUCCAUCACCAGCAAAACAAUCAGGGAAAAAGGGAGAUAAUAACCAAAGAAGCCUUAGUAAAGAUAGGGAUAACAGGAGGACAUCAUCAUCUGAGGCAGAAGGACAGCAAGCAGCCAAGUCCACUAAACCAAGGUCAAGUUUUGGGAAGGAGUCCAGGAAGCCAUGUGGACCCGAAAAUGCCAAAAUAUCCGAGCUCCCUAAUGGUGUGUCCAGGACUUCUUUAGAUAAUGGGGUGCUGGGUGACAGGCGGACUAGUGGUACAAUGCCAAGACGUCACAAAGAGGACCUGAUCAGUGACAAAUCAAAGGCGGAAAUCAGACGAGCUCAGAGCUCAUCCAAUGUCCAGAACAAGUUGGAAUGGACUCUAAAGAGGUCCACCUCUCUCCACAAAAAUGGGAGUGCUUCCACCCAGCUGCCCGUACACGGGACUACAGACAAGGUGUUGUCUGGCACACUGCAAAGAAUGAGGUACCAGACGUCCUCUUUGGGCAGGAAGAAAUCUGUGCCUGAAUCAAGCUUCUAGGGGAGGGUUAUAGUGCAAGGUUCACGAUUUCCAUUUUUAUGGUGAUUUUCAAAUCGUGAAUUGACAGGAACUAAGUUCUUUAUAGGGAAAAUGAAGGCACAUUCACCAAGGUCUUAUUGAAAUUUGUGAAAUUAUGGAUAUUUUAAUACACAAGUACAAAAUACAUAGACUUUCAAACACAAGAUGCCCUUUAGUGCCCUGUGCAUGUAUGUACACAAGUUAUAAAGUCUUGACUACCCACAUACACCCAUUUAUAUUUUGUAUACUGGAAAAUACACAGAUGACCCAGUCACACAGAAAAACAGAAUCAAUUUUACCCAAAUCUUUCCAAAUCUUUGAAUAAUGUGUCCCAAAUAUAGCUGAGUAAAAACUCAAGUUUCACCUUACAGUGAACCUUUUUGCUAUGGCUCAUUAACCCAUAAAAAUGUGUUCACUUCAGUUCUCCUCUCUAUUAACUUAAUGUGAUAAUGGACUGAAAUGGUUGAUGCAAUGGAGCAAAAAUGUCAUAUUUGUAUUUUUGCCCAACCCUAGUCCAAAAUUAGUGGACAAGAUAAAAAAAAAAUGUCACUGAAUGAUUUAAUUCCUGCACAUUUUUUUGUCUUCCAGCAUAGAUGAGUGAUGGAAGCCCUUGUGGAUUUAAAGUCGUGUAUUCAUUAAAUAGCGAGAGAUCCUGGAGAUGUGUGCAAUUUCAGUGCUCAGGGGCUUAUAAACACUUUACUUAACCACAUGAAGGGAUAUUCAUUAAAAUGGAAUUUAAAAUUUACAAGGGAAUUGUUCAUACAAGCCAAAAUAGCCAACUUUGAAAACCUCUCGAAUUUGGCUAACGCUGUUUUGUUAACACACUGUUUAAUGGAUAAACCACUCGGUACUAAAACUCCCUUGGCCCCUGGUUCUCCAUGAAGUUUAGCAUUGCCCACUUACUGCCAUUAGUUCAUCCUCCAUAACUGCAUGGUAUUCCAUUUUCUUUUUAGAGUUUAGAGUGAUUCUAAAUAAGCUGCAGAAAGGUUAUUCCCGAACAGCGAAUUGUAGUAAAUUUAAAAACCCAACUGCAACAUUUAAGCAAGAAAAACCAUGUUGGCUUACUUCGACUUGUCUAUGUUAAACUAAAUUUCCCCAUUUUGAUUUAUUUUUUACAUUAUUUGAUGGUGUGUUCACCAAGCAAGGAUGUGUGAAAAGGAAUUUCAAAUUUAAGGCCAGAUCAUCCAAAUUAGAAAAUGAAUCCACAAUUCUCAGUUUAUGGUAUAAACCCCCUAGGUUUAGUAACAAUAAAUAUUUUUUUUUCUUAUAAAAUUGGAACUUUUUUGGUGGGGUAUUGAACUGUGCAGUUUUCAGAAUGAGGUAUUGGUAGGGGAAAAUGGUAUCAGUAUGUACAUAAAAGCAUAACAACAAAAUUAACUAUUAACACACAUCUUAUUUGCCCACACGCACAUUUUUUGUGUAGUUUUAUUUUUGGGGGAGGGAAUUAGGUACACCAUAUGUGUGGGGCAUAAGUUAGACCAUAGCUGGUCCACAGCCACAAGUAUCACCAUAACAAAGGGAGUCUUAUUGUUUAUCACCAGCUAUCCAUGGACCACAAUACCACAUCAUUCUGACCGCCUUGAAAAAUUAGGAUGGUGUUUUUCAGCAGCACGAAGAGAUCUGGAAUUAGACACCCUUGUCCUAUAAAUAGAAAGGGUUUAUGUUUGGGUAGACAGUGUGGUUUGGGGUGGGAUGAUUGAUUGGGCAACAAUGUGCAAAUGUAUAAAGUCAAAACUGUUUACUAGACUUGUGCACAAAUAUUGUUCAGCUGGCAUGAACGAAUCAAAUGUGUUUUAAUCUGCACCUGAAUAAAUCGAUUCUUCCAGAAAUUACCUGUGGAGUCUUAUUCAUUGAAUAAAGUUAACCCUGAAUGAAUCGAUUUAUUUGGGCAUAGAUUAAAAGACAUUUAAUUUGCUUGCGCCGCCCAAAAAGCAUUUGUGCGCAAGUUUACGGUUUACCUUCCAUGACAUUGUAAAAAAUUUUUGGAUUGCGAUUAUCAGUAUGCUUUGUGUAAUAAACACAGUGUAGGCCUUUAUCUGCCUUUAUUACAGUAUUAGGCUGAAUUAAAUUAUAACGGUAUUACAUCUGGAAUGUUUAGUAAUCAGUCCUGCUAGGGAUGUUGAAAGGGCGCAUGCUGUGCCGAAGUGAUCAUGACAGGCAUUUUAUGAAGCCAAUUUGCUAGAUAAAAUGUGCUGGCUAAAAUUUAUUCCUACAUUAGUAUUUUACCUUUAGUGUCUGCACCAUCAUUAAAAAAGGUAUAAAGUGUGGUAGCUGCAAUGGGUAUGUAGAGAUGCAUUCAUUGAUAUACUUUGCAGCAGAGCUUCUGAAACAUAUGUCCAGUAAAUAUAAUUUAAAGUACCCGUUUGUUGUCGAUUCUUCUAGGGAGCCUAUAGAUUGUGUUAUAAAUUAUCUGAAGUAGACCUGGCUUCAACUUCACUUUAAGAUACAGACAGACUCUGAUUUACUUUCUCUUUGAAUUCAGUCUUCAAUUUUUGCAAACCUAUUAUAGGAUCCUAGCUAUUUAAUGAUGGAUUGCCUCUAUGACUUUUUCUGCAUGAGAUUUACUGGACUGACGGGAGUUUAUUAGAGUGAACACAGGCCACCACUGGCUCUGAUCACAAUCAGUUGAAAUAUGCAGAAAAUUAGUAUCUACUUCAAAGGCUUCUCCUCUGCUUUGAACUCCUCUGAGAGACUCCCUCUUAUAUUGGAUGGGUGCCACUAUCUAUCUCAGGGCUGCCCAGAUCGGAUAAUGAGGCUUUAUAGUGGAGGGCCAAAAAUAUUUCAAGUAAAUAGAGUAGGAGGCGGUGAUGGUUAACCUUGGACAUGCAGGUAUCUUAACAAGAUCUCCCAUGAUUCUCAGACAGCUUUAGGCAUCAUGGGAAUUUUAAUUUCACAAACUUUCAGUGCCAAGGUUAACUAUCUCUAGUCUAUUCCAUUAUCAACCAGGCCGAGGGCUUUGUAAGUUAAAAGCUUUGUCGCGCAUGGUCUUCACUUUGAACCUUAUAUUCCCUGAUAAACAAGGAAACAGUUUCAUCCAAUGCACAUAUAGUUCAAGGUUCUAAGUAAUACAGUGUUUUUUUUCUGUUUGUUUUUUUUAUUUCAUUUUCAUGCCAGUUCAAUAAUAGCACAAGUAGUGACACACAAUAUAUAAAGUAAAGUACAAAAGCCAUGCAUUCUAUCCCGUUUUUAAAUAUUUUUUGUAACAAGUGUAAUAUGACUUUCUAACCAGUGGCCCAGUUUAAACAGAAUAAGGAUUUAUGCAGAUUAAAAUGAUUGCAGUAUAGCUGAUAAUGUAACCUUCCGGAUAUCGAGCUGGUGGGCACAACCGGUAAUACAUUGUUUGUGUAGAAAAGCAGAGAAUCUGUGAUUCUGUGAAUGGAGCUUGCUACUCUUCCCACAUACAUGACUUUUAAAGAGAGAGACUCUCACAAAAAACAAACACAUUUUCAUCUAUACCCAUUGUAUCAUGGUGCUGUAUGGUUUUUGUAAGAGCCCCGAUGUAUAUACGGUUAUUUACUGAAGUGAGAAUUCAGAGUGAAUUUCAAACUUAAGGUCAAAAUAGCCGAAUCUGAAAUUAUAUAAGUCAGCCAGACUUUUCAUUUAGCUACUCUGCCCUUAAAUUUCAAAUUCCCAUUAGAUUCUUACAUUAAUGACCCUGAUAGUGUUUAGGUCUGGGAAUGUGUUUGUGUAUAGGCCUGGGGUGGCAAAGUGGAGGGGAGGCAGAAACUAGGGCAUUUAUUUGUCCAUAAUUGUAUUAUUUAAUAAAAACGCUAUCUCCAGGCAGUUGGCACAUUCACUGAAUAUGAUGCUAUAUGAUGGGCAUCCUCCGUUGUACCUUACUGGUGUACAGCGUCCCCAAUUAAAGGAGGAAUCAGGUUACCCCCUUCGCCUGCUUAUACGGCUUUCCAGCCAUUUGGUACAGAGUCAGUCCAUAAACUCCUUAGGUACAACACUGACUGCAGUCUACAGACAGUAGAGUAUGAUAGCAUAAUAGAGUGUCUUUGGGAGAAGCUGCACAUUCCAUUUGGUAGAAUCCUGUGUGUAAGCACAUAGAACGUUACGGAGCUUUAACUAUCUUUAACAGAUUGCCCCAACCCAUUCUGCUACGUUAUGGUCUGAAACUGAACAAAACGUAGACUUUAUGUAAAAUACCUGUAUAUUUAUAAUGCAUCAUUGUGCACAUUGCUUAGAUCGCACAAUGAAAUGUGCUUUAUAUUUUAUUUUUUUUAAUUUAUUUUUUAUAGGACAGCUUUUUUUUUUUGCCAGUGUAGAAACUAAAUAUGUAAAUACGCACUGAGUGCAAUGAGUGAGUAAGGAGUAGACAAUUUAUCCUCAAGCCAUGUCUUCAGCCUUUACAGGCGAAGUUAUAUGGUGUAUAAUAUUCUUAGGAGAUUGAAGUGUGCAAGAAAAGAGCUCUUUCUCCACGCAUAUUCAGUCUUCAAAACCCUCAGGUGCAGGACUAUUUUUAGACCAAAACUUAAUGAAAUUGCUUUUUUUCUACCGUUUCCUUCUUUUAACUCUUUAACAGCAAGACAAACAGAACAAUGCGUAAUUUAUUCACCGAGCAAUGAAUGGUGGCAAAUUAAAAGCGGAAUUGCCAUAUUUAGGCUAAGAUAACUAGUCUGUGAAUGUAGCCUAGCUGAAUCAAUUUUCUGAAUUGGCUAUUUUUGCCAGUGUUUUUGCCAUUAAAAUUCGGUAUUUAUAGAAUAAAUACUAAGUAUUUGGCAUGUUUGAAGGAUUACUUCUUUUGCGAUUAUGUGGGUAGUGAUAUGUUUGCACUGUGUCAGGUCUGGGAUCCAUGAUAGGUGUCACUAGAUUUCAACUAUUGGUGCCCAAAUAAUAAAAAUAUAUAUUUUUGUCAGGACAUAGGGGAGUGUAUGUUUUAAGGAACUCUCCAAGCACCAAAACCACUACAGGUGGGACUAUUGGUAAACCACAUUCACUUAACUCACUGUUUAUUGUAAUUCUAGGCAACUGCCUAGAUGGCGUAAUGACAAAUCCAGACCUUUACUGUAUUGCCUAAAGGGGUUUAUCCCAAUAACAGAAGGUUUAAUGUUUUCUAGGGGGGAUGAAGAAUUUUGGAACCCCGUAGUAAGCCUCUACAAGAUAACUGUAUAUAUGCUGCAUUUCUGAUGUUCUAAGGUAAAACGCAAAUCUCUUACAUAUUUGGGAGAUAAAAAUUAAAGUAUUUAUAAAAUCUGUAAAAAAACUAAUAAUUAAUUGUUUUAGAUCUAUAUUAAAAUAUACUUAAAGGCCUUGUGAAGGCAGCUAUUUUGAUAACUUCAAGAGAAAAUAUGAUGUUUUUAAAGAAUGUUCUAUGCAAAAAAUCUCUGUGUACGGGCAAUUUGUUUUUACUGUUUUUAAACAAAAUUAAAGUGUUUUUG